AUGAUCUGCACCACCGAGAGGUAACGAUAUGUUUUUAGGUUAACACUAUCAGGUUUUCACUCGGAGGUACCCAUAAAUGCUCAGCCACUGAAUCCCCUCAUGCUACAAGGUUGCUGAAGGAUUACUAUAGAAUACAAUCUUCUUUACCCAAAAGCAUUUCAUAUAUCCCACUCCAGAACAGGAGUGUCAUUCCAUGUUUCAGUAUAGCAGGGAAAAGCAAGAUUUCAAGGUUCAGUUCAAUUUGGCCUAGGCUUGAAUAAAUCCAAGAUUUAGUCUAUAUACGAUAUGGAUUUACAUUUGCAGUGAAAUUGGAAAAGGUCGGUGUGAUUUAGGAGAAUUUCUUAUGGCACCUCCUCCUCACUUCAUAGCAGCAAGAGACUGAGGUGGUCAUGAGAUAUGGACUGAAAAACUGAAGGGAGUACAACCUUCCUGCACUCUUUAAAUUUAUUAUUUGCCCCCCAAUCCUUUCUCUGUAUGAUUCUACCCCCCCCCCCACUGCUUUAUGAAUACUUAUUUUAAAUAGUUUUAAUAACACCCUUCAUCAAACUGGUUCUAGGUUCAGUAGCGAGCUGUGGCUCACGUAUUUCUGAUGUGUACAGAAUCACAGAAUUGUAAAUUGGAAGGGACCCAAAGGAUCAACCCCAUCAAAUACAGGAAUCCUACUCACAGCUCACUCUUGGUGGGCUUGAACCACCAACCUUCUGGCUCACAGCCAGCCACACUGACCUGUUUGUACCACCUCAGAUGCCUCACAUCCAGUUAGAACCUGAAAUACUCCUAGUGUCUCAUACAGUCGUCUGAACUUUGAGUCUGAUGAGCAAGGCUGCUGCUGGCUGACUUACUACAAUAAAUCAUUUUAACACCUAAAGUGCUGCUGCCUGCUGAAUGAAAUAGUUGCUGUCAUCCAUCCCUUGAAGUUUUCCUGGUGUCUUAUGUCUGCUUCUUCUGUUCCUCUGAACUAAAAGCUGAAAACGGUGUUUUUAUUGAACUCUGUAAUUCACAUCUGUGGCGGUGUCACUACCCAAUGUAUAAUCAUGACCUCAACAAGUUGUCACAUUUUCUUUUCCACUGUUCUUGUGGCCAAGUUUUUAUACCAAGGCACACCUCUGAAAGCCACAACCUUCUGCUCUAAAUAAAACCUGGCGUUGGCCAAUUGCAGAAAUGCAGCUCAAUUCAGACAAAUAUAGUCAUCCCUGGCAAGCAGACACUGGUGGGUUUUAUGAUAAUUAACUAAACCAUAGACAAGACCACUUCAAUCUACCUAAAACCAAAUCAAGCAGACAGUUACCUUAAUUUACAUGUGCCCAGAGGUCAACCAAAACAGGUUUACAACCAACCCUUUCCCAAAGUGCUUUGGGCUUUGGAGUGGUUUGGGCUUUGGAGUGCCUACGCUGGAAGAGAAAAUUUGUCGUCCUGCCCCUGUACACUUACCGUAUGCUGCCUGCCCUGCGUCUAAACAGUCAUACAUUAGCAGGUUAGCAUGGCUUGCAAAGAAAAAGCUCCUGUAUAUGGGCUUCCAUGCUAUUGGAACACCAGAUUGGGAAUAGGCUUUUCCUUUGCAAGGCUAGGAAGCUUGCCGGGCGCAGGAAUAAGAGCAUGAGUGCGAUGCUCCCUUCAUGAGUUAAUCUUGUGCUAGUUUUUUCUACUUACAAGGGUCAUCUAGUCGAACCCCCUGCAAUGCAGGAAUCUUAGCUAGAUCAUGCAUGGCCAUCCAAUUGCUGCUCAAAAACGUCCAAGAAAGGAUGGUAGAAUGGAGAGCAUCAUUUCACUGCAAGUGAGGAGGGUGCAUUUUUUAAAAAGAUUGUAGAAUAAGAAAACGCGCGCGCACACACAGCCAGAACGUUUAUAGACCAGCUCCACCCCUGCUGUGCUAAUUUUCUACUUGCAAAGAGAGAUUUCAUUCUUUGAGGCAGAAAACAUUCACACAAAAAUGCAAUCAGCAACCCGCCCUACAUCCUGUUGUACCACCUCCAGCCUCCUUAUUAAACAUUACCUGACAUACUCAGAAGGUAAAAUUAAAAACCCCUCGAUUUCCCAAGAACAGUUUAUGUGCUUCUUCAUCAAACGCAGGCAUACCAAGCUAAACGUCCAGUCACAAAACAUCAUAGCCCAUUUGAAUUCCUCACAGUGGGAAACAUAUUCUUAAGAUGCCUCGUCGAAGGAAAUUGCAAAAACUCGUCUCACACCCUACUGUCGUGUGGGGUUUAUUAACACAUAUUAACAAACGUGGUUCACAUAUUCACGACCUAAGUGCAGAGGCGGCAGCAUUCCCGUCUCAAGAGGGGCUUGUUCUUCGCAGUUCAGCAUUGCAAGAGGGGGUAUCCUAAGCGCCAUCUCUGUGCCUCUGCCCUGGCUCGUUACCCCAGAUCUGCAACAGUAUUUAGGGGGACAUAAAAGGAUGAAAGGGAUGCGGGUGGCGCUGUGGGUUAAACCACAGAGCCUAGGACUUGCCAAUCAGAAGGUCGGCGGUUCGAAUCCCCACAACGGGGUGAGCUCCCGUUGCUCGGUCCCUGCUCCUGCCAACCUAGCAGUUCGAAAGCAUGUCAAAGUACAAGUAGAUAAAUAGGUACCGCUCCAGCGGGAAGGUAAACGGUGUUUCCAUGAGCUGCUCUGGUUCGCCAGAAGUGGCUUAGUCAUGCUGGCCACAUGACCCAGAAGCUGUACGACGGCUCCCUCGGCCAAUAAAGCGAGAUGAGUGCCGCAACCCCAGAGUCGGUCACGACUGGACCUAAUGGUCAGGGUCCCCUUUACCUUUAAAAGGAUGAAAACACACGCAUAGAUAUAUUUCAACUCUCCCAACAGUUUGACUCCAUCCCCCAAAGGCGUGCUCCUCCAUAGUCUCCCGAGAUCAUAGCAUAGCAGUGCUAAAAGUUGCAGGGUCGUAUCUGAAGUCUAAACCCCUUGGCAACAGCAAGGAAUCUUUUACUGAACCUGGGGCUCGAACCCACAAAACCCUCCGAUGUCAGAGUCAAGCGCUCUACCGACUGAGCUAUCCCAGAUGUCAACUACAUAUAUGUGCGUGUGUAGUUUUUUUUAAAUAAAAUAGUACCUUGAUAGUAAUACCCCCCAAAAAGAAAGAAAAAAAGCUUUGCGGGGGGGGGGGAGUCGAUGCCUUUUCACAACUCCCUUUUCUUAAAAAAAUAUUAUUCCUGACGAGGCUCUGUGGAGGGUGAGGAGGCGCUAUCUCCCUCCGCCGGCUUCCCGCUUGAGCCGCCAGGCCGCCGGCCGGGGAUUCCUCGCCCCUUCGCGGCGGCUUCCGAGCGGAGGCGGGACCGGGAAGGCGGGCGGGCGGGGGUCUCCGUCGUCUCCUCCUCCUCCUCCUCCUCCUCCGCGGCCUGGCCUGCCUUGUUCCCUCCCACCCGCCCGAGUGGAAGAUGGCGGCGGAGCGCAGCGGCAGCCGCGGUCUCGGCGCGCGGCCUGAGGGACCCGAGCAGCGGCCCGAAGCGGCCCGGCCCGUGGGCCGAACCUAGCGAGGCCGGCGAGCGGGCAGUUCCGGCGGCUCCAGCUGCUGCUGCUGCCCGGUGUCGUCGUCUUCUCCGCCGCAGGUGAGGGGAGCGGCGGCGGCGGGGCCGGCGCAAAUAAUACCAGCCGGGAUUUGUCUUAAGCUCUGAGGGGGAGCCGAGCGAGCGUGGGUUGCCGAGGAGGCCGCGAGAAGGGAAGGAGUCCCGGCUCGGUGUGAGGGUAGACGGAACGGGAUGGUUUCGCCGGGCGCCCGGGUUGGUGGUUCUCACGUUCUUCCCCUGCGCCCGUGUUUCUGCCCCCGUGUCCCCUCUCGGGUCGGCGUGGCGUAUCGGCUUCCAAUGUCGGGAGAGGGAGAGAGAGCCCCGUUCAAAUCCCCUGCUCGGCCCCGAAGCUGACGGGGUGACCUUGUGGGGAGCCUCGGUGGCUCAGCCUAAGCUACCUCGCAGUACCUCGCAGGCUUGUUUUAUUAUUAUUAAUAAUAAUUAUUUAUUGCUAUAGAUAUAUCCGUAGCCAGACUCGUUGGGCUGCAGCCCAAGUCUAUGGACAGCACUGGGGAAUUGGAACAGAUCAAUAGGUUAUCUUUUUAGGCGUCUUGGUCUCAAGCUGCUUAGGGCUUUGUAUCUUGAGCAAAGGGACACCUUCUAUAUAUACUGUACAUAGAGAGAGGGUUUAAUUGAUUCUCAGUUACAAACGAAUCCUAUAGAAAGAGAGGGGGAAAUAAAUAAUACUGUACCCACAAUAACCCACAACAGGUUGGAGUACAGAACCCUCACCCCCUCUAAAAGGGGAGGGGAAUAUAACAGAAGCAAAUCCCAGUUGAGGUUCAUUGGAUGUAAAGCGGUCAGAUAAAAGUGUCCUUUCACAGGCUUGUUGUGAGGAGGAAUACCCAUAUUUGGGUAAUAUGGCUCCUGGAGCGAGGACAAAAUUGCCCACCCUCCAAAUAUCUUAAACGUUCAGUAGGUACCUGUAUCAGUACCUGUAUAGGUUUAUUUGGGGAUUUUUUUCAGCCAGAAGUCACCGGAACUCAGUUCCGGCACCUCUCAGGUGGGCGCCAUUGCCAUUAUCGGAGAACAAGGUGAGUUCCGGCACCUCUUUUUCUGGGAAAAAAAAGAGCACUGGGUUUAUUACAGUGGUACCUCUAGUUACGAACUUAAUUUGUUCUGGAUGUCCGUUCUUAACCUGAAACUGUUCUUAACUAGAGGCGUGCUUUCGUUAAUGGGGGCCUCUUGCUGCCGCUGCGCCGUCGGCACACGAUUUUCGUUCUCAUCCUGGGGCAGAGUUCUCAACUCGAGGUAACUCUUCCAGGUUAGCGAAGUUUGUAACCUGAGGCAUUUGUAACUCAAUGUACCACUGUUGUUGUUGUUGUUGUUGUUGUUGUUAUGCACCCCCUUGGCUCAGCUACUGUGCAAGAGAACCUCCCACACUGCCCUAAAUCCAGCAACGAGAAUCCAGGCAAGGAGGAUGCCCUCCCUGAACUAUACCCCGUGCUGUUUUUUCCAGCAGCGCUGGACCCGCUGGAGGAUGGCCAGUUAUUGGACAUGCACAUAUAGGGAGAGGCACUCCCUCAAAUAUUUUAGGUGUGUUGAGCACCAGGUAAGAGAACUAAGAGAAAACAACAAUCAGGUGUGUAGGGAAUCUGAUUGGGUUUCAGUGGGUGCGUGAGGUUACUGAGAAAAAGAAACAUGUAUGGGGUUAGAGUUCGUAGAGAAAGUGCAAGAGAGGAGAUAUUGCUCACUGGUGAAACACAUGCUUAGAAAGGAUGUCUUGCAAUAGGCCUUGUAAAGACUUUAAAGGGUUGCUGCCAGUUUGAGUGUGCUGUACAGGCCUGGCCUAGACUAACCAGUGGCCUGACUCUAUAUAAAAUUGAUAUUUUCAUAAAUGUUUUAGAUUAGACAUUUUCCUUUCUUACAAUGCAAUCCUAACCACGUCUACUCAGAAGUCCUAUUGAAUUCUAAUGGGGUUAGUGGAGUUGCAAUGCAGCUGUACUUACUUAAUAUAAGAAUUUGUACUUCACAUUUAAAAUAAUUCCCAAGGGGGAUUACAACACAGAAAUCAAAAGCAGAAUAAAACCAUUAAACACACCACUAGAAGCAUCAACAUCUGUAAAGUAGUAGGACAAUCUGAGAUAAAACUUGAUUAAAUUAAAGGUUUGGAGGGGGGGGAUAUUUGGCUGGUGCAAAAAUUACAUUGAAGUAAGCAUGGGGGCAGCCUCCCUGGGGACAGCAUCCAGCUUGUUGCCACAAGAAGACCCUAUCCCUGGUAGCUACCCAUCUCCUCUGAUGAGGUGGGAACCUGGAGUAGCGCCUCCAUUGAAGAUGGACAACCACAUGUGGAGAUAGAUGAUCUUUCACGUACCCUGGUCCCAAGCUGUAAAGGGGUUUAAAGAUCAACACCGCACUUUGAACUGAGUCCACAAAUGGCCCAAAAGCCAGUGCAGCUGAUGUAGUUCAGUUAUGAUAAUAAUUUCCAGACCUAUACAGCUACAACUGGGGUGUGUGUGUGUGUGUGUGUGUGUGUGUAGCGGCUUAUUGGACUGGAUUCAGCUGUUGUAGCCACAAGUGAACUGUUUACUCUGUCCUGCUUUGCUUGCUGUCGGUCUCCCUAUCUUUUUUCUUCUUGCCUGAGAACACCAGCUUUACGCUGCUGGCACGAAAGAGCCUGCCCCUGCUGCUCUGACUGACAGCUGUGUUGGUCUUGGCUUGCAGGGGAGAGCAGGAAGAGCCCCAAUUGCAGUUGUUCUGUGUAAGAGGAGGGUUGGUUGUGGGAGAAGUAGCAAACUAGGUAAGGAACAUACAGCAUGUUCUGUAUGCUGCCCCCCCCAGCACUUUGAGGACACAAUGGUAGCAGAGAAUAAGUGCUUAUUCACCUUCAUCACUGCCACAGAGUAAGCAUAAUAAUGGCUUGCUAUGAUUUCAUGAGACUUUGAGUGAGUUUUCCAUCUCUUCUGGCCCAGCCAUUUGUGGAGAUAGGCACAUGUUCUUUAAGUUUUUUCAUAGGGAAGAUGAAAGAGUGCUUUCCAUCUUCUGUUCUCCUUGAGGUUUGUUUGUUUUUUUAAAAAAAACCUGAUGCCCCAUUAGUACAAUCUUGGGAGUUGUGCUUCCAAAGGAAUGUGUUGGAUGCCAUUAGGCUUGGGAUAAGGUAAUGGUACUUGAUUAUUAUUUGAACUUCUAGCUUGCCCCAGGACUUGGGAUACGGAGCAUAACUAGAAUAACCAGCAAAACCAGAAUAGAUUCUAAAAGAAAAUGUUACCAAGUUGUGAACUAAUGAGCUAAAGUUUGUUCUCUUCUCCACCCUCCUGGAGGACUGGGAUAAUUUGUCUCUGGGGAUUCAUUUUUCAGAAAAAAGUAUGUGUGUAUCCAAUAUUUGUCUCAUCUCUCCCUUGCAGCUUUUGAGUUUUGCUGGUAUAUUUUUACCAGCCUAUGUUUUCAGCAACUAAUGAGCUCUGAUUUGCUGCUGUUUCCUUUCAUCAGGUGCUUUUUAUUGCUUUUCUAUGUUGCUUUUAGUUCUACAUUUUAAAUAUAGUCUCUCAUUGUAGGAAAGAACCUCAAAAUUGUAGCUUAGAUGGAAGUGCUAUUGAUUUGAAUUUAUAUUUAUUUAAAAUUGUUUGGUUACUACAAUGCCUAAGCAUGUGUCAUAACAGGAGAGACUUGAAGGAAUUCAGAGCGAAUGCUUGGAUAGUGAUAUUACACAUUUCAACUACAACUUUCUUUCCAUUUGAAUAUUUGUGUGGAUGUGCCCUCCCCAUCCCCUUUUGUUAGAUAUGGUUCAUGACAGCUGUAAAUUCUUCACAGAAGGAUAUAUAGGAAUUAAAACAAAGAACUUGAUUCUAGGGUUGGCAUGUAAGUCAAUCAGUUGCCUAUUUCCCCACUGUCAACCUUUCUUAUUUAAUUAUACUGUCUUUUGUCUGCAAUAACAGGAGCGAGUUCUGUUUGUCUCCUAGCCUUGCAUUAGUUGAGGCCAUGCUGAGUAGUAUAGUAUAGCUUCUAGAAGCCACAUGCUAUAACUGCAAGCAUCUCUGCAAGAUACAGUGGUGAAAGGUCAUGGCUUUAAAGGUCACAUUUUUUUAAAAGGGUUUGUGUCAAGUCUGCUCCAGAAUAAAAAUGAAAGGGUGAAAUUCUGUAUCUGUCCAUCAGUGGAACAGACAAAAAAAAAAGGUUCCUCCCUCCUUCAGCUCUCACUGUGCCCCUCAGAUACACUCCAGAUACUUGGUGGACCCUUCAGAGCAGAUGCGGGUGGGGAUUCAGGGAAACAAGUGGAAAUUGAAAUGCUAUUCAGAAGUACUUGAAAAUGUUCGUGUGAAUGUCAUUCUGGUUUUAGAUAGAGAGUACUGCUCUUCACUUCUUCAUAUUUCUAUUUUGUUUGUGAACAUCUAGGGACAUCAUGUAGAUGACACCCACUUACAUUUUUUCACUCUUGUUAAAUUCUGGAGGUAUAGUUGGUCUUGGAAUGAAUGCUAGAAGAUGAUACGGAAUCAGUGAGGGAUGAAAUUGAAGCCUAAUUGGGACAAAACAGGUUAUGUUGGUAGGACAGUGUAGCUCUGGAGGUUUGUAGUUUUUUGCUUGCCUGGGCAAGGUUAUACUUCCCUUGAAGUUGCAUAGAAGGGUUUCCUGUGCCACACUUUUCUCCUGAAUUGUCCAUGGUAUCCUGAGCUGUCAUUUCUCUCUAACAGGGACCUGAUCCCAGCCAUACCUUCUUUGGUAACACCACAUAUUGACUCCUGUAAUGUCAGUUGCACACGGGGAUGCCAUUGAAUAAUGUUUGGAGGCUGCACCUAGUGCAGAAUGCUACCUUUCAGCAAGUUCAGACCUGCCUCAAGGAACAUCAAGACUUCUCUUGUGACCCAACUGCAAUGACUAUCUAUAAUAUAUGCUUCCAUUAAAGGCUAUCCCAAGACAUUUUGGCACCUGAGGUGAGCCACAAAAAUUUGCGCCCCCUCCCCAAGUCAGGGAAGAUGAUAUAAGUGAAGUUCUACAUCAGGAACCAGAUGCGAAUAAAGAUCUAAAGAGGGAACAACAGUGAAAGGAGAAUAGCAGCACCUCCUAUUUGCCAAGAGGCCUCUGUAAAGGCCAGAUCUGCUGUCCUUGUGGGUCCUGCCACCUGAGGCUGUCGGCUCACUUUGUCUCAUGGAUGGACCCGACCCUGCUUCCAGCCCAAAUUCAAUGUACUCAUGAUUACAGUAUCUUUAAAUCUCUUAAAGAUCUAGAGCCUACCACCCAUUUGAGAGCACCUCAUUCCCUUAAAUCUGUAGGGAAGGCAUUUUUCUUUUGCCGUGGGAAGUCUGCAAAACCACAGAUUAGUGUCUUCUUUGUGGCUGUGCCCAUGCACUGAAACGUGUUUUGAUCAGAAGUGUGUCUGGCCAUUUCACUCAGAAGGUACAUGGAGGGUCUUUUGGGGACUGCAGCUGGAGGUGGAUGGGAAUUUAGGGAAAUGGCAUGGGAGAAAGAUUAAAUCCAUCUCCCCCCAGCCCCUCUGUACUGAUCUAAUUCAGAGCCACUGUGACUGCUUUUAGUUAAAAUUGCAGUACGAUCCCCAACUUGUCCUUUAGCUACUGCUCAAAGCAGCAGUUCUCAAAGGCUUUCCUUAUCCCUUGCCUUUCCUGCAAGAGCAUAAGAAGAAUCCUGCUGAAUUAGACCAAAGCAUACCGUACUUCAGCAUUUAGUGGGAAACCCCAGUGCAGAAUACAAGCAUUCUCGCACUCUCCUCGUCCCGAUCGCCAGCGAUUGGUAUUCAGAGGCGUGUUGCCACUAGUGCUGCAGGUAAAGGCAAGGAAAGCUGGAACUGGCCUCAAGGUGUGGGGAGCCUUGAAGCAGCAACUCCCCAAACUUUUCCUUGCUCCCACCCACCCUGACUGAAAAAGGCAAGGAGCAAGGUAACUCUCCUUACUUGGGAGCCACUACCUCAAGGCACUUGGAAUACCAUGAAGCAGUGGUUCCAAGAUGGGCAGCACAUUCUUUGGCACUGUUUAGCUGCAUCCUGCUCAACUAAGGGAAGGAUUAUGAGAGGGGGAAGGUUAACCCCUUGUCCCAGUGGAUCUUCUCUAACCCUGAUGCCAGGCAGACUGGAAAAUAGCUCAGCAGCAGUGAAAAGAGGGAGGGGUGCUUUGUUAGGGAUCCUGCGCAGCUAAGUGAGUGUGUGCAUGUGGGUGUAUAUGUUUGUGUGUGCUGUGUAUGGGUGUAUGCAUGUAUUUGUGUAUAUGUGGGGGGGUGUCUGGGGUGCCCCCCCGGCAGGUUGGCUGCUCAGGAUUCUUGCCUCUCCUCUUUUAAUCAGGGUAAUAGGUUAUAUUAAAUUGAUUCCAACCCAUUUUUAAAUCAAUGGUUUAAUUGAUUAAAUAUUAAUAGAUUUUAUUACUAAUUAACAUAUUUCACUCUUAGCACAGCCUCCUAGUGGUGCCAAAAUUAAAAAUAAUUGAUGGCACAUUUUCAAAGCUAAGCAGGGUCCAGUAUGGUUUCAAAUUGGGUGUGGGACCAUGUGUUGAGAUCCCUGUAUUGUCAUGUGGUGGACCUGCCCCAAGGUGAAAGACUUCUGGGAAAAGAUUUAUAAUGAAUUGAAAAAAAUGAUGAAAUAUACAUUUAUAAAGAAGCCAGAGGCCUUUCUUUUUGGAAUAACAGGUUUGGAAUUGCCCAAGAAGGAUGUUAAAUUAUUUUUGUAUGCCACAACUGCCGCUCAAAUCUUACUAGCCAAGAAGUGGAAAACGCAAGAACUACCAACUGUGGAAGAAUGGCAGAUGAAGAUGAUGGACUUUAUGGAACUAGCUGACCUUACUGCUUAAAAACUAUUGCUUUAGUAAUAUAUAAUCAGAUAGAACCAAGGUUUAUUUAAUUGGGUCAUACGCCUAUCCAUUUUGAUUUGUGCUUUUUUUCUUUAAAGAAUCAUGGUCAGAAAAUGUUCUUUGCCAUUUUUGUCAGAUUCCAAUGUAAACAUCUAAAUCUCAAAAAAUGGAAUAGCAUUGCUUAGCACCUUCAAUGUGAUGAUGAUGAUUUAUAUAGCCUGUUCUUUACGCUAAAGUCACAAUGAUUUCAACUGAAACAUUAAAAACAGUUAAAACAUAUUACAAUCACAAAAGUAGGCUGGGUCUGAGAAAUAAACAUCUUAUUAAUACACAUGGUACGUUAAUGCCUUCUGGAACAGCUUCUUUGAAUGUGUUUCUAAUUGUGCCAUACAGAAUUGCUCUCUUCUGAUGACAUUUGGGUUGCUGUUCUUAGUUACAGUACUGCAAAAGUGGAGACUAAUUUGUUGUCUAUGGGCACAUCUCAUUCUUCCCAUACAGUCCUAGAUUUCACUUUAUAACAAAUGCUGACUGUAAAAAAAUGAAAAGGCCAUAUUAUAUUCUGAUAGACAGUCAGUAGCUAUAUACUAGCUUGCGUGUUUGUAGACUGUGCAAGAUUGGUGCACACAUGUCAGGAAGUAGCUACAGCGAGCCUCAGGGUCACAUAAUCCCACAAAAGCUGGGAGGAGGUAAUUGAAAGCUUUUGCUUUUAGUUAGCCACAGUUUCCUGUGUGAUCCAAACUGUGAACUAUGGGUAACACAAACUAUGGUUAGUUUAAAGCCAGCCAGCCUCAGAAGCCAUGGUUUGAAAUUGGCUUGUUUUAAAUUAAAACAUCAUUUCCUCAGCUGUGAGAAAGGACCCUGGGGGAGCUCACGAGCUCAAGGCUCAUUGUGGCUCAUUCCUUCUCAUUCAGGAAUGUGAGUCGGUUUAGUUUAGCAUGUUAACUCUUGUCUUAAUUGUCUCAUAUUGGGACACGGCAUGAAAAUAUCCUCAUUAGCAGGGCUGUUCAGAAAGUGCUCUUUGUUUGACCUGAUGAUCUCUAUGUAUUUUAGUUGGAUACCUUAUUCUUGCAUUGUUUGUGGCUUGUGAUAUAAAUGUACCGGUAGUUCUUCAAUUCCAUAGCAGCAUGUUAUCAAAUAAUUAGACUUCUCUCUUGAUUAUAUUGAAAGAAAUUGUUGUUAGGGCUCCAAUGCUUAAUUGAUUAUUUAAAAAAAAUAAAUGAAGGGUUUUUAAUCAGCUGAAUGGUGCUCCUAAUAAAUCAUUUUAAAAGCCUAUUAUUUUGAGUACAAGUACUUGUAAAAACUGCAGAUGGCAAGUACCAUCUUAAGAAGAAUUUCCUCUUGCCUCUUCUAUAAACUACCUUGCAUUUAUCAUAAGAUGGAAAUAGCUAAUAAAAGUUUGCAUUGGGGCGCUAAAAAAUUAAAGACAUCUUUAUGGUGGAUUGAUGACAUUAAAAGGGGCAUGUUCUCUGUCUUGGUUAGUCCUAAAACCAUAUUUGUUGCCUUGCUACGUUGUUCCUGUUCAAUAUUUCUGCACAGAUCACCUUGUGUAUAUUAAAUGCUAAUCUACUGCAAACAUUGUGACAUCUUUGUGUUGAAUUUGGCUCCAUUCCCAAAUGUGCCUGCAUAUUUUCAGUGCAGCUGUUCUUUCUUCAAUAGGAAAAAGAUCUGAAUUGCAGGUGAAAAUAUCAGCAGAACCUAAAUGUGUUCCACCUACGUACUUAUUUGUGUUGCCUAAUGCUGUAGUACCUGGAAAAUAAAACUAGGAUUGUGUGUACCCACUCAGUAAUUGUGUGAAUUCAAAGAGAGUGCUUUGCUCCCACAUAGCUGUGCAUAAUAUAGGUAUAAUGUGUUCAUAGGCUUAAUUAUAAUGUGUGCUCUUACAGUUUCCCUUAUAGUAUUUCUGGUACAUCUACCCUUACAUGCACUGGGUUUGAAAGUGUGUAGUAAACUGGCCAGGGCAAUUGAAUGCUGUGGGUGGCAGGAAGCAGACUGCUUUGCCCUCCCCUCAUGAUUCCUGGUGCCACAAUUGCCACUUCUGUGCAUUCAAGUGGUCUUUUGGGGUUGAAGGGAAUAUUCUUUGAUUUACUUUUUCCCUUAAGGUUAUGUAUGUUUAAGAUAGAAAAAAAAGUGUAGAGCAGAUUAGGAAAUAUUUUUGUUAGGUUUCUGAGUGUAGUGAGGCUAAGGAACGAAUGCCAAGGACCAGCUGAAGAACUAGUAUUAGCCAUAGUUUUCACGCAGCUGAAAAAAGAUUGUCUCAUAAAAUAUUGCUAGUUACCCACUGAACCUGUUUUGUGGAUUGAAAGCUAUUUCUGGAGUAAUAGGUUAGUCAUCUUAAAAUUAUAAAAAGCACUUUCCAUUAAUAAGUUUGACUUCAUAAUCUCGAUAAAAAACAGCAACAACUUUUUAUUGAACAACUCCAGACUCUGCUAGUAAUUUUCAUUGAUCUGAAACCCUGGUGCUUUUGAAGCUAAUGUCCAGCAAUUCCAGAAUGUGUACAUAAAUUGAAAUUGCCAGGUUGAUUUAGCCCUCCAUUGAUAGAAUAAUUGACUGUAUCAGUCCAGUCUUUAAACUAAAUGCACCCUAAGGAAGCCAUACAAAUAAAAUAGCUGGCAGAAGUUAUCAUGCAAUUACAUGUUAAAAAUGUAUAAAUCAUGCUUUCAUUGAGAACUUCCCAUUUCCAAUAAAACAAUAUAGUUGCACAAAAAUAAUCAGUCAACAAUCUCACUGUGUACAUACACCAGCAGGUAUGGUGAGUGUGAUGUAACUGAUCAUGUUUUUAAAACAUAAAACAAAUAGUGUAUGCGUUUAAAAAACAGUGGGGUCAAUUAUAUCAUGCAAAUGAACCUACCUGGACCCUGAGAACAUCUUCUGAGGCCCUCCUUUAUGUGCCUCCUCCACGAGAGGUCAGGAGGGUGGCAACACGAGAACGGUCCUUCUCUGCAGUGGCUCCCCGCCUGUGGAAUGCUCUCUCUAGGGAAGUUUGCUUGGUGCCUUCACUAUACACCUUUAGGCGCCAGGCAAAAAUGUUCCUUUUCAACCAGGCCUUUGCCUGACCUGAUCUACACCCUAUACCUUUUUUUAAAAUGCUGGCUCUUUGGGGUUUUUUUAAUUGGGUUGUUGGUUUUGUUUUGAUUUUAUGUUUUUGAUAUUUUAUAUGAACUGCCCUGAGACCUUUGGGUAUAGGGCGGUAUUGUAAAUGAAUGAAUGAAUGAAUGACCCUUGUGGUCCCUUACAACUUAACAAUUAUAUAUGUGCAAUUAUCAUGUGUUGUGAAUUACUGGUAAUAUUUUACAAUAUUAUAAACUGCUUAGAGAUUUCUUUGAAGCUUGAAGCAAUAUAUAAAUUACCUAAAGAAAUAAAAAUAAUGCACUAUGCAAAUAUUUCUGUUAACAGAGGAAAGGGGUCAGGUUGAAGGUCUUUGUCAGAUAGUUGCCAUUAAGGGCUCAUCCGCACUGUGGAUUUGAAGCCGCUUGUGCGUUGUGUGUGUGUGGUGUCCACACAACAUCUUCCUCAUCCAGUUGGCAGCCCAUACCCGCCCUCCACCAGAUUCAGAUUUCCCUGAUUUGGUAAGAAUCUGAAGAAAAUCCAUAUAAAAUUGCAUCUUGCCCAAUUGCGGAUGCCCUGAAGCACAUUGUGUGGUCUGGAUUUCUUUUUCCACAUGUGUGGUGACAUUCUGCUAGCUGCUGUCUGUUGCUACACCCACUACUUCCAUUUUCUUUCCAUCAGCCCAAAGGGAAGGAUGCAGCCUUCCCCUUUCCACUGGUUGUUGCUGAAGGCACACUUGUGGUAUUUUUAUAUUUAAAACAGCUGAUUUGUGCAAAAGGGUUCUUGCACAAAACAGCUGUAUUAAAAUUAAAAAUAAAAUUUGCCCUAGAAGAUACAGGAGGGAAAGGAAGCUACAGCCUCAUGCCAAAUCCUUGCCUGGCUUGGAGUGACACACACAAUUAUUAUUUUUUACUGUUCUUUUAUGCAGAUCUAGUGUAUCAGAAAACCUGUAUUUCAGAAAUAAAGAAGAAAAGUGUUCUGGCACAGGUAAGCAGAUACCUCCAUGUAAGCCCACAAGGGACCUCAGGCUCCCUGGCUUGGUGCAACACACACAUUUUACAAUAAUUACUUUUUUUCUGACCUUUUGUGCAAAUUUGAUCUCUCUCUCUCUCUCUCUCUCUCUCUGUGGGCAUGCCUGAAAAGGUAAACAGAUACCGAAUUAUUUGUGGACACCUGUUUUUGGAACACAUAUAUUUAUGAUCAGUGCUUUUUUCUAAUAAAAUGUUUAGGGUACUCUCAUUUUGACUCAAGGAAAUCACCAUUUUAUAGUGCAAAUUGGGAAAAAGAAAUACAGUAAAUGGGCAAAAGUACAGAGAUUCACAAAAUGUUUAGGGGUAUAUGUACCCCUGCGUCCUCCCAGAGAAAAAGCACUGUUUUAUUAUUAUCGUUGUUAUUAUCCUACUUUUUCAUACAAAUCUGCUACUUUGGAAAAUAAAAUAAAACAAAGCCUCCAAAAUGUUUUAAAGUUGCUCACACAGCUAAACAGAUACCUGCACACAUACACUUAACAGUCCUCAGAUUUCCAGAACAUCUUGAUGGGAGAGGGCAGCAGACAGCACAAAUGAAUCCCAUCAAAUCCCACACGCUAGUAUGGAUAUAGGAAAUAUCAAGAUAGAUUAUGGAGGCAUAAUAUUAAAAGUGCACACAGAAACGGUGACCCUUGUAGACCUGAAUGUAGACACAGCCUGUGUCUGGCAACUUGCUAAGGUGAACAUGCAGGUAACUUGUAAACAUACAGAUGCAGUUGAAGUCACAAUGACCCAACAGCCAGUUAGUAAGUAUUGUGCAAAAUGGUCACUCUAAUGGGCGUGGGAGUGUUUCCAACCUAACUGGAAAAAAAUACGUAAAUAAUUCAGAUUUAUAAAGGGGUUUGGUAAGCUUGUGGGUUUCUGUUGACCCCAGUACCAUUUCUAGUGAUGUUAAGGAGAAUGUGUAAUUUGUCUGCAGAAAAUAGACAAAUUAUUGUGCAGCAAGCAUUUCUAAUCUCCCUUCUGCUAUGCACACCCUUGCCAUUUCACCUUCUGUGCUCCCUAUUUCACAGAAAUUGGGGGCAGGGUGGGGCAGGCUGGAGGCUAAGUAUCUGUAAACAUGAAGAAUGACGAAACCAUUUCAACAUGGUAUUAUGGGGUCACUUUAACCUUCAGCACCCUGUGAGUCUGCAGCCUGCCAGCCACUAUGUGAUGCCUUUCUCUCUGGAGCUAUGGUAUAUUCGGGUGGGAGGGAAAUUAUUUCUAUAUUCAUCUGUUAUGGAACCUGCCUGAUUUUUUCACAGCAGCCGGUUGGUCAAUGGUCAACAGGUGUGAAACAAAUGUGUUGAUCGUUGACCAACUGGCUGCUGUGAAAAAUCAGGCAGGUUCUGUAACAGAUGAUGCUAGAUGUCUCUCCAAAGGUUUAAUUGGGUUGGGCUGCUGUUUUUGCCUCCCAGGUUGAUUUGGGUUGGCUCUGGGUUACUCUGUCUCCUGAACCCUUGCAUGUCUGGAUCUUGGAACUUUCUUGCCUGGAUCUUGGAACUUUCUUGCUUUGCUUGCAAACUGUUCACCUAAAUCCUGGAUUCAUUGUAUGCUAGUAGCCUAAACUGGCAUGCCACUGAAUUUGUUGAUCAUUUAUAGUCAACAGAUUGCCUAUAGUUUGACCAUGGUAGGUGGAAAUUUACCUUUAUUUCAUUAAGAUCCCAGUAAGGGGAGAUUGCCCCCUAGCUCUUACAACAGUUGGUGGCAAACCUAGCAGCACAGUAAAAAUUACCUUGCUAACCAUCUGCUAAAACUUCAGGAAUUUUGCUACCAGAAAAGUUACUGCUUUGGACUUUCCAUGACUUUUACCUUGUUUGCUGUAGAAUUCAGAGAGUACUUUCUCCAUGUGAUCUGGUGUUUUAAAUAAUGGGUGUUCCUUUCAUAAAGAAAUUUUAAUUCCAUUUGUUACCCCAAGCUAACCUUGAUAAAAGGCAAAGAGAAUUGUUCACUGAAUUAUUAUUUAUAGAACCCUUAUCUAAUAUUGUUAGCAAGUUAUACUUUAUUUCAUUUCUAAGUUUCACAAAACAGUGUGCUCAUUCAUUUUUUGUGAUUAGCACAAAUAUCGAUCCAUUUGAUUAUAUUUUUCUUGUCCUAGUAAAAUCAACACUUUACAUUGAUAUUAAUUGAUAUAAUAUGGAUUGAUUGAUUGAUUGAUUGAUUAAUUAUUAUUAAUAUUGGACCAUUAUUUCACAAAAUUGACCGGUCAGUUGAUUUCAUGAGCCCCUUGACUCCACCAGUAUCUGACAUUUGGCAAGCCCAAAUGGAAGAGGAGGAAGGAGAAGGAAUAGAUUGGGGGCUGGAAGACUGGCAUCCAGGGGUGGAGAUCCUCCCCUUUGUAACUCUAGAUGUCAGAAAGACAGAAGAAGAUCUGCUGGCUCUCUCCACUGCCCCUUUUGCUGGAAUCCAAGGAGGGGGGAGGACCAGCCAGAGGGAAGGGAUGAGCAGGAGGAGAUGGCAGCAGAGCUGUGGGCAGAGGGGCCCUGGCACAGUCUUGUCACCAAUAACCGGGCCACCUUGCUAAGUGGAAUGAGAUGCACCUGCCCAGCAGGAACAGACAUGUACACACACAGCAAAACCAUAGGGCAAAAGAGUCUCAUGAGUGCUCAUCUUUAAAAGCUUGAGGGAAUGGACAUGCUCAGGACAUCUUUGCAGCUUCCAUACAGUUAAGAACCUCUUGCUUUAUUCAUUUACAUUGGAAUAUUGAUUCUGGACCUUGUGCUUGCUGCUGAGCCUGCGCUGCUGUUAGCCUGAAUCAAUCUCUCUUCCUUACUUUCCAGCGGGAGUUACGGUUGUUUUGUUUUCGGACAGGAGCCUGAUGGCUAACCAAUUCUUUUGUUAUCAUUGGUCAGAGUUCAGUAACCUUGUUUGCCUGAGUGCAAGGGCUAGCCUCCCUGUGUAUCCUUCUGAUACUUCCCAUGUUUGUCCACCUGGAGUUGAAAAGUCUCCCCCCCCCCCCCCACGAAUCUAAUGUUGCUUAUGUGUAAGACAUCUGUUGGUUUGUUGCUAUUGUGUAUGUUACCCUGUGUGUGUAUAAUGCUGACAUAGACCUUGAACGCUCUUGUUCAUGUACAACCGAGUGAUGCUGUAUUAAUAGGCACUGUCAUCACCUACAAUAUCUAAGAGGCAUGGCAACUAUGAGAAGAAUUCAUGUGCAAAAUCAUCAAAGGUCUUUAUUAGUAUUAUUUUAUUUUAAAGGCCUUUUAAGGUCUUACAGAGGUGAAAAUAUGAAAGAUGAGGAAGAGUUCCAUAGAUGUCUUGUGCCCCAGAUCAUGUUAUCUUGACUGUGGAGUGACUAAUUACUCAUUUUUAGCAUGGCUCAGACAAGUAACUAAGACAUUGAACAUAACAAGUGUUUUCAUUUCUUUGGAUUACCCAUUUUAGGAAUUUUGUGUAAUAGAAGCCUUAACAUUCAGAGUGUAGCAUCAAACUACAUGCAGCUUGGUAAUGCACCGGGCUUUUCCUGGCCAUUUUAUUGUUUUUACCGCUGGAGGGUUUUGCUGUGCUGUUUUUGAAAAAAAACAUUUUAACAAUGGUUUGUGUUUUUCACAGGCUAAGUGGCUUAAAAUAGCUAAUUGCUUCUGGCAUUUGACAUGAGAUGACAGCAGUAAAUGUAGUCAGAUCUCCUAUUAUCUCCUUAAAGUCAGACAAUCAAUUGUCCAGUGUUAUAUGUUUUUUCUGUAAUAACUGAAGGAAAAGCUAGUUUCUUUUGGCUCCUCCCAGUGUGUGCUGCAUUUUGUUUAGGACACUUUUUAUUGUUCUUGUACAUAAUCUUCACUGGUGCGGUUCCACCAAAGCGAGGACAAAAAAACCCCAUGCUUGGAAAACAGUAAGAAACUGCCUUGGACUAAGUCAUACUAGUGGUUUGCAUAGGCUGGUGCUAUCAGCCUUUGCUAUACUCCUGGGCUGGACUUUGUUUUCUUAAAAUCCUUUGUACGACAACAUUUUUAAAGUUUGUAUCUGUUUCUGGACCAGGCAUGUACAAAAUUGACUUGGAUUGCCAUGCUCAGGCUGUGGUUUCUAUUUUUGAAGACUACUGACUUGUGAAUGUGGAUCAUGUAAUAAUUCAUAAAGGCACAUGCAUUGCAGGCCCUGGACCAGAUAUUCCAUGGUUGUUUCUAGGCUGUUAAGCAACUGUGCCCAACUAGGCCAGCCGUUGUCUCCUCCUACUUGGGAGAACCAUGAAGGCUUCCAUAUGUAAGGCUGGAACUUUGCCUAGCCAACAAGAGUCUCCACUGUGUCUGACUCUUAGCUCAUGAUUCCUGGCAUCUGAUUCUUGGCACUGGCUGUAAUUAUUUUGCAGACGUUUAAGAUUUAAUGUAAGUAUCACAGUCUGUACUUUUUGCGUUUUACUUCCCUCUGACCUCACUGCUUACAUUUCCUUCCUCUCCUUCUAUAUACCUGCCAAUUUAGGAUAACACUUCAUGCAUGAGUGUGACUGUCAGAUCGUUGAGUCGCACAACUAGGUAGGACUCUGUAACACGGGUUGCAAAGAAUCUCUUCUGGUUGUCAAUUUGCUUCAGGGUGUUAACAUUGACAUAUAAAUAUGCCAGUGUCUCGGGACCUAAAAAAACCCCUUUCUGUCUACUGAAAUAAAAUAUUAUGUUCAUUUUUCACAUGGUCUAGUCCUUCCCCUGCACACCCUGUAAUAUUCUGAAGAGGGUCUCUUAUCUAGGCUUCAGAGAGUAGCUGGAAGUGGGGAGUCAGAAAAAGGUCCUCCUUUCCUUCCACUGUGCAGUUUUAAUCUGAAAUCUUAGGUGUACUACUGCGCCCAGAGCUCAGAAACUGCCUGCACCAGUGAAAUUCCCUUUCACAAAAUGUGCCUAGAACAAUAGGAGAUUCGAACACUGAUUUGAAUGAUGGUUUUAGGUUUAACUAGUUCAUUGUAAGAUCUGGGAUUUAUAUGAUGAGGUUUAUAAACAUAAUCAAAUAAGUGUAUCCAAAAGGUGGACAGUGGGACAUGAAAGCUUAUGCCAGAACAGGCUUAAAUGUCCCCUAAGACUUAAAUAUUUUUGCAUCAACAAACUUAUCACUACUAUAUAAUUCAGCUGCAGUGGCUGCUGUUUGGCAAUGGUCAUAUCCAUGCUGAUUGGGUUUUGUGUUCACUUGUGGUAUGCAUAGUACUGUGAUGUGUCUGCCGCUGACUCUCUUAAAUUGCUUGACUUUCUGACCUUUGGCAAGGGGAUGGGAGGGAAAUAAUUUCUUCUUUCCUUUGUUGUCAGGAUGUAUAUAUACCUAUUCAGGAAACCACUUCACACAUCUGACAAAGUAGGGUCUUAUCCUCGAAAGUUUUGCACCACUCAGGGUAAAUGAGCCAUUUAAUAGCAAAAUUAGUUAUCAGUGUACACAGAGAGUUUAAUUCAAUUCACAAACUUAUGUAAUUGUAUAAUAUCCAUCGUGUCAUUCUUUUGUGUGGAUCUUACUAGUAAUAACAUGAUGGUCACCAUCACAAAAGAAGACAUUUCAUUAACUCAUUAUUUAUUUGACCAAUUUUAUUCUGUGAACUCUUAAUUGGAAAUGAAUUUUUAUUGGCUACAAAGCAUGUACUGCUAUUGUGCCCCCAUAAAAAAGUGGAUUGCAAAAACUGUUUACUUAACAAUAGUUUCAUACCACUUAGUUGUAAACGAAACCUCUAAGCGGUUUACAAAGGAUAAAAUGUGGAUCGCAAGCACCAUUUUUACUUUAUUUUAAGGCAUUGUGAAUCAGACUGUUUAAUUACAACACAUGUGAUAAUAACAUUUAGGAAAUUUGCUGUAGCUUGAUUCCAUUAUCUUCCAGCAAGAUUUAAUAAUUCGAGCAAACGCUUCUGAAAAUGAUUAUGUGUGUAAGAAGUAAGAGACACGAUCUUGUGUGUGUCCACAAGAAAAUACAUCAUAAUGAUACUUUUUAUGGCCCAGGGGAAACUUAAUAAACAAUAGAUAAUAUAGUAAAGCAUAAUGCAGCAAUGUGAAACCAUGUUUUAUAAAAGGAAUAAUAACCCAUAUGCCAGGAUGAAAUGGUUUAAUACACAUCUGUGUCUCUCCCCCCCCCCCCCCAAGGAAACCUCCCUCAUGUCAAAAGCUAUUACCCACAAGGAUAUGAUACACAGUGCUUUCAUUGUAUGAAACUUCCCCACAUCUUAGAAAUAUCUGUUCCAUCAAUGUAGCUAAUGACAUGAAUCACCUCAAAGCAUAUAUCUAAUUCAUCAGGAUAUAAGUUUCAGCAUCCAUGGAGAUCAUUUCUGGGCAUUAAGUGUUCCACAGUUUGUAAAAGCCUAUGCUUUUUGCCUUAUGCAUUUUGUCAGGGGCAGGCAGGAGUCGGGGGGGGGGGGAGAGGCAGAGGAGGCAGGGGAACGGGAGGAUGAGCCAGGGGAAGGGGCCAGUGAUUGGUGAGGUUAUGUGAAACAGAUGCUGGGGUUGGUGGAAGAGGGGAGUCAAUGGGGAGACCAGGAGCCAGAGUAUGGGGCAGGGGAGAGGAAGCAGGAGAAACAUUUGAGGGAGUCUCAAAGGCAGAAAACCCCUGCCUCUGGGUAAAAAUGUCUGUACAACCUAAAAUUUUGCUUCAUUUUAUUUUUAUUACUUUGGAAAACCUGAUACGUUUUUCAAGAUUCUGUGCCAUCUAUCAAAUGAUGCAUGUGGAAACCUUGAUAAUUUCCCCUCCUGUAUUUCUUCCCCUGUAAGUAGUAAGCAUUUGAUCAUAUUCUUUCUUUGCAUUUUUAUAUAAUGGUGAUACGUUUGUGUGCCACAUUUAUCUCCUUCAGAUAAACUCAUCGGCCCUUCUGGAAAUUGCUUUUGUUUCUUAUAAGGAAUCAUUUGCUCGUUUUGAAACUUUACCCUAAGCUUCUUUGUUUCAGAAGAAUGCUUGAGCGUUAACCUUCGUUCUAUUGGGUAGGUUUUCUUGUUUUAAAUCAGGCUUCCACAGGUAUAUUUCCCCAUCCUUCAGAUCACUCAGGCAGUAAUCCUAUACAUACUCACUUGUAAGUCUUGUUGAAGUCAUUGAGACUGACUUCUGAGUAGACAUACAUGAAUUAGUGCACUGGAACAAGAAGCAUAAUUUCCAUAAGGGAUUGACUCAUUGGUGAGUCUUUCCAGUUCCCUUCAGCAGUUUUCCAAGAAGUUGUAAAAUCUUUUUACAUGGAUUAUUAAAUAAAAAUUAUUUUAAGUGGCUUCUGGCAGAGAUCUGUUGAUCUUUUGUAAAGUGUUUGGCAUGCAUUUUGUGCUAUAUAAAUCAUAAUUAUGUAUGGGAUUUUUGAGAAACACUUCAGUGGAAUAGGAACUCAAAAACUGAAGAAUUUCUGAGGUAGCAUGCCAAAUCUUUAUUUGUGAAGCUGGUUGGAAGAUAAAGGCUUUAUCCUUGUGCACUUAAUAUUUAAACUACUGUUUCAGGUUUGGUUUUGUAAAUCUGUAAUAUACUUGUUUAAGGUAAUUUGUGUUACUGAAUUCUCUGAGCGUCCAUGUGUUCUGUCUUCAUUCACAGCUCUUAAUAUCUUAAGUGGUCUAAAGUAACUGUCUACAGUAAAUAAGCAUAGUUGUAAAAUAUAAAGUUUACACUUCUAGUGUUUUAAAAGGCAGUGUUUCCUUUGGUGCUACCAUCCUGGUAUGGCUCAAGGGUGGUCAGUUGUCUUGAAUGGCCCUACCUUUUAGAAACUUUACUAGAGAAGAGUGUAUGAGAAGCAUGUGCUCUAAAUGUAACCCCAGCCCUCUAUAGCUCCUCUAAGAUCAGUCAGAGCUUUUUGGGGUCACCUCUGCUUUAUAAAAUCGAGCAGGGGAAAUUAAGAAUGCUGCUCUUUAUUCUUUUAAUAGAGCCCCCAAACACAUAAUGGCUUCUCAGUACAGUAUAUGAUGAUUGCAGGAUCUGGGUUGAUUCAUGUGGAGAGAAGAGGUCUUUGCUGUUAAUUUCUGUACAUGUCCCCCUGGAUUCAGUUUGUUCAUCCUCCAAAGUAUUAAUUGUAUUGUGUAUGAUGUUGAUAUAGACUACUGUUUAGAACAUAGAACACAGUGUCCCUGAGAAGGGGCUUCUUGAAACACAGCGGGCUUUAAAAAGAACUAAUACUUUUUCAGACCAUCAUCGCAGGAGCGUGGUAAAAUCAAUUUUUAAAAGCUCUGGGGGGAAACACAAAGGUCUUUAUCUGCUGCUGAAAACAUGAGAGCUGGCACCAGAUGAGCCUCACCAGGGAGAGUGAUCCAGAGAUGGAAGGCCAUAGCCCCAAAGGCCCUUUUCUCAGUCUCUCCCCAUUCAUUCUUAGAAGAUUGUAGCAUCUGGAGAAGUGCUCUGACAAUUAUCUCAGUGCACGGGCCAUUAUAGGAGAAGGUGCUCCUUCAGGGGCCUGUGCCCCAAACCAUACACCAUUUACUUCAGAAAUGGACUGGCAGCCUACAGGACACUGCACUCCACUGUGUUGUCAAGAUAGUGCUCUGGCAGAGCACUCCUAAUUAUAGAAAGCCAGCAUUGCUUCCCUAUUCCAAACUUCAUUCAGGAGAAAAUUGACUUGCAACACCCUUUUUGCCAUCUAAGUUCCACCAGGCUGCUUAGGUCAUGUGAACAGAAUGAAAAGGGUUGGGAACAGGUGUAAGUCUCCUUGCCUGGUCCUAUGUCUACCUCACUCAUGGAACACCCCUUGGGGGUGGAUUUGUGUUGGCAUAAGUUCUGUCCACUGAGCCCUACCCCAGCUAGGUUGAGGGACUUAUGCUUGUGUGGCCCUGCCUCGACCAUUAAAACCAAAAUCCACUCUGUUUAACUGGUUUUACUUGGGUUUGGACUGCACUGUAAGUUCUGUAAUGUCAACCUUGAAUCUCUGUGAAAGGAAACACCUAUCUAGGCUCUAAUUUUCCUGUUCUGUAACUAUCUAAUCCAAGUUGUCCUUUCUUCCCUCUUUUAGCUGAAAGGAGUGACUUUGUUCUUCUUACAAAUCGGCUUACGAGUUUUGUUCUGGCUGCUAACCAAAGGAGUUGUUGGAAGGUGAGUGCUCAAAGUCCGUAUGUUUGAAAUAUAUUUACAUUCCAUUGAGUUGGGGAAUGUUAGACCUGCCAAUAUCAGUUACCUCAGAGUGCAGAUUAGAUUUUGCCCACUGGAAUAUGAACUAUCAGCUCAUAGAAUGUUAAGUGUGAUCCGCCAAAGCACUGCAAUAUUUUUAGUCACUUUCCAGAAGCAUGGAGAAGAGAGGAUCUGAAAGGUACGGGCUUUUCAGCUGGUAUCAUGGAGAAGUGUGCUUCCGCUUCAGGGAGUGAAGUUGCCUUAUCCUGAAAAUGUAUAAAAACUGCAACAUUUCAGUGUUAAUAUGGUUGCUGCUAGAGUGGCAUAUGCCAUGUGUUUAACAUAUACUACUAAGCACUUGGAAACUAAGCAUUAACAGUUGGGGCAAUUGACCAUUCUAAUGUGAUAGUGUGACAGUAAUGUGCUUUUGCAAAUUGAAGAGAUCUAGUUGUGAGAUUGCAAACAGGGUGCCUUUUAUGUUACCGUCGUAUGCAGUUGGCUUUUGAGCAAUGAUUUCCAUAAAAGCCUGUUUGAACUGUAAGAACUGGGAUGAAAACUGAAGGGGAAUAUGGGGCAUAACAGAACACAAGCAAACAUGGAGGAAAACCUUUAAAAAUUAUAUUCGUAUAUCUUAGCGCAACACAUUUUGAUCAUAAAUAUCAAAUCUCAUUAGCUCAGUUCAGGCAUCAUGCCACACCAUGGUUAAGGAAGCUGAGUAUGAUGUCUGAAUUGACAAAGUACAAGUUGAAAAAACCAAAAUCGAAAGUGAAUAGUUUUGAGUAAGUUUGCAAACCAUAGUUUGUUGUUAUGUCUGAUAAGAGAAACCCUGAUAAGGGGGGGGGGGGCGGUCUAGUCCAACCCUCUGCAAUGCCGGAAUCUUUCACACAACAUGGGGCUCAAAAUCACAACCCUGAGGUUAAGAGUCUCCUGCUCUAAAGUUCUGUUCUGUCUCUACAGCUGUGCUACAUCAUAGCCUUGAAGCCUCACAGAAUAUAGGAGCUCAAGUAAAUAGUUCAGAACUUAGUAUAUAAUAGCUCAGCUCUAGGAUCAAUCUAGGGGAUUGGAGUGAUGCUCCAAAAGCAGCUUUCCUUUAGGAUUGACCCCUCUCAUCAACAACUAUUGAGUGGAGACAGUGAUUUCUAACCUCCUUAGUGUGACAUGGUGGUAUAUAGGUACUGCAGUGUGAAAGGAACAUUAGAAAUCAUGACAGAAAUGCCAUUAUAAUCAGUAAAACCUAUGCAGUAAAUACCAUGGCUGGAUGAAGCCUAGCUGGAGGGGGGGGGGCAUUAGGCAGCAGAAAAUAAUAGAAACCACCAUUUCCUCCUUUUGUAGCAAGAAUAAAACACAAGUCAGUUUGAUAUGGCUAUCUUUUCUAGUUAUCAUAUCAUGGGGCAUGUAAAACAGUAACUGAAGAACAAAUAUCUUGCAGCGUUUUAUCGCGUGAAAUCAAAACCUACCCGUGAGGCUCCAAAUAGAUGUGAUAUGCUUUAUCAGUCUUGUGACAAUCAUACCCCAAAAUUGUUUUGCAGAGGUUACUUGUUUUAUGUAUGAAGCUGGUAUGUUAGGGUUGUUCUAUGUAUCCUUCUUUUAACUUCUAAAUCUAAGCUAAAGCCAUAUGGCCAACACUGUCCAUGUAAAUCUGUUUAGAUGACAUAAAAUGGCAGUGGUUGAAUUUUUUCCAUUAACAUUGAAAAGUACAGUGGUGCCCCGCAAGACGAAUGCCUCGCAAGACGGAAAAACCGCUAGACGAAAGGGUUUUCCGUUUUGAAGUUGCUUCGCAGGACGAAUUCCCCUAUGGGCUUGCUUCGCAAGACGAAAAUACCUUGCGAGUCUAGAAAUUUUUUUUUCGCUUUUCCCCCCCUUUAUCUAAUCUGCUAAGCCUUUAAUAGCCUUUAAUAGCCUUUUAGCAGCUAAUCCCCUAAGCCUUUAAGCCUUUAAUAGCCGCUAAACAGCUGAUAGCGCUAAUAGCGCUAAUCCGUCAAUGGGCUUGCUUCGCAAGACGAAAAAACCGCUAGACGAAGACUCUUGCGGAACGGAUUAAUUUCGUCUUGCGAGGCACCACUGUAAUGGUUUGUUCCUAGGUUUGUUUGGAGGACGCAUACUGCAAGCCCAGGUUUGGAUGUAAUGCUAAGCUAAACUAUGGCUUAGCUUCUGGCAGUAUGGCAGAGAAGUGAAAGAGCUGAAAUUUUAGCAGUGUGCUCCAGCACUCUGUGGAGUUCACCUUUGAACCAUGACUUAAAGCAGCAGUGGGGGACCUCUUGGUUACAUGCCCACUAGCCUCUCCUUUUCUCCUGCAAAGCCAAGCUACACCUACCUGCCCUACACCAAAAUCAUAUAAUGUUAGGUGUGGGGCAGAUAAGAUUGGGGCUGGGCCUGAAAGAGUGUUUGUAGACACCUCCACUCUUGCUGGUGCCUGCAAAGCCCCUUUCAAAGUGCUGUGGAAAACAGUGGGCAAAAAAGCAGGGAAAACAGCUCCACUCACAAGAGGUUGUGGGAGAUAACAGUCUGGCUUGCCAUGCUGUGUGAACAAAGCCAAUAUGAAUUAUCCAGUCAUUCCCCAAUCCAUCCCAAUUUGCAACCAUUUUGAAAAAAGCUUAUUCAUCCCAUAUUGGUGUUUUGAUUCCUUACCAUGCAGCAAAAUUCAUUAUAUCAACACGCUAAUGUAUGCUUCCCUUAUACAAAUGCCAAGUUAGAGCAUUUACUAAAACCCUUGGUUCUUCGGCACUCAACUCCUUUGGUGUUUCAAAUGUCAAAGAUUUUAAAUGUAGAAUAAAUCUGCCAACUGGAGCAAACAUACAGUAGUUAGCUCCCUUUAAGACUCUCUGGAGUCUAGGAACUAUAGUUGGUUUGGAAGGUGCAAAGUUAUUGUGAGCUAUCAUUUCUGUACAUGUGUUUCUAGCAGAGUGGAGUAACCCAUCAGCAACUGAAACUAGUACCAUCUUUUUGUGGUAUUCAUUCCUCAUUCGUAUUCAUUUGCUCCCUUUUUGGCAUACUUAUUGUUUUGCAUUCUUAUUCCUUUCAGAUUUUUUUUUUUGCUUUUUGAUCAAAUACAGGUGGAACACAAAGACAAACCACUGCUUCUUCCAUUCCAUUUCUCUGCUCCAAAUUGCUUCCUCCCAGUUGCAGUUUUCAUUGGAAGACGUAGCUUUUGUUAUGCAUAACUGUGUGCAACAUAUAGCAAGCGCCUUCUAAAUUAGGAGUUAUGCAACUGGAAAAUUGUGCAAGCUGGACAAAUUUAGUAUUGAAUUAGCAUACAGUUUUGACUUAUAGAUUUUGCUAAGGACAUUGACUGUUGAAGGGAAGGAAGUUAGGAAUAUGUUGGCAAUUUGGAUAUUUGCUGUAUGAGGGACAAAGACAUGUGAACAAGUUAUCAUAGGGUGGCUACAGGGCAUAGAUAUUGCAACUAGAAGAAAAAUGUAUUUAGAAUUUAUCAUGGAUUUUGUUGCUAGAAUCACAAACACCUCAAACUGAGGGACUUAUCACACAUUACAUUUCUUAGGUAUACCCCCAAGAGAGUGAACUGUGACAAACAUGUAUCAUACAGGUACCAUACGUUUAUCAUAAAUAUACCACACAUUUCUGGUAUGCUUAAACUCUAUCAAACCCAGAUCUGUUGUAUUGUAAUAUGCAAAAGGCCUGAAUUCUGAAAUCAGAUGGCUAAAAGUUCUGUCAGCUUUUAUAUAUAUUGAUUCCCACUAUCCUAAUUUCUAGUUUGAUAUACUUUUUUCAUUUUCUUUUGCUUGUGUGCCACAUCAGCCUGAAAGCAGAGCAGAUAUGGUUUGUAACUCAAUAUCUUAUGGUAUCUACCCACACUUCUCACCAGUAUUUGUCUUAUUAAUCUUGGAAACUAAAACUGGUCAGUACAUCUAAUACAGCACCUCUCAAACCAUUUGACGAAGGAGAAAACAGUUAUUUCUUCCACCCUGCACAUAAUCAUGUGGACAGAUUUAUUCGUUUCAUCUUGUGGUUUCCUUUGUGAGAUAUUCUAGAAUGAUAAAACCAUGUCUUGAUCUCUGUAUUAUUGUGGCCCACAAUCCAGCACAUGCUUACUUGAGAAUAAGUCUUGUCGAGUUCAGUGAGACAUACUUCAGAGUAAACAUGGGUAGAAUUGAUUUGUUAAACUGUAUGUAGUUCUGCACACGCUUUGUUGUUGUUGUUUAGUCGUUUAGUCGUGUCCGACUGUUCGUGACCCCAUGGACCAGAGCAUGCCAGGCACUUCUGUCUUCCACUGCCUCCCACAGUUUGGUCAAACUCAUGCUGGUAGCUUCGAGAACACUGUCCAACCAUCUCAUCCUCUGUCGUCCCCUUCUCCUUGUGCCCUCCAUCUUUCCCAACAUCAGGGUCUUUUCCAGGGAGUCUUCUCUUCUCAUGAGGUGGCCAACGUAUUGGAGCCUCAGCUUCACGAUCUGUCCUUCCAGUGGGCACUCAGGGCUGAUUUCCUUAAGAAUGGAUAGGUUUGAUCUUCUUGCAGUCCAUGGGGCUCUUGAGUCUCCUCCAACACCAUAAUUCAAAAGCAUCAAUUCUUUGGCAAUCAGCCUUCUUUGUGGUCCAGCUCUCACUUCCAUACAUGCACACGCUUACUGGGACAUAAAUACCAUUGAAAUAGUGACACAUAGUAAAUAUGAAUAUCCUGUAGAACCUUUAUUUUUUCUCUGCUGGCUUAACUAUCAUCAGCAUUCACAAAUUCUUGCCAAGCAGUUUUAAAAUACUCUCUCUGUGUGUGUAUUUUCCUUUGAUUUUUAUUUUAUUUUACUCUUUUAAUAUCAAAACUUCAACACUUCUUUACACCUGGGAGGGGGGAUUCCUACAUAUAAGGAUGUAGGAAACUUGUUGGGGUCAUUUAACACAGCCAUCUGAGGUUGGUAUUACAGGGAUUUUUAUAUCUUACGAUGUUAACAGUCUCUGCUUAUGUAGUGUGAGUUAAAGGUUCUGGUUUUUAAGCUCCUCUGUUAAUUACAUACUCGUAAAGGUAAUGUGGUCUGGCAUUCCUAUACACAGGAGUGCCUGAGUACUAUGUUGAACAAGACACGGGAGCCUUUUGCUAUUCAGACUUCUUCCUCUCUUUCGUUGUGGGCCACGUGAAACUAUGGGAUGUUUCCGUGUCGCCUUUCCAAGACAAUGAGAGGGUUCGAUUUGUAGCAACCAGCAGAAAAAUAGUCUCCCUCCUUGCGCUUGCAUAUAAGAUCACCAUAAAGACUUGGAUCAUAAAAUAUUUCCCCCGCAACCUCCGUGUUGCUUUUUAAGUGCCCUUUUUAAAAGAACGUGUUCCCUUCCCUGAAAAGAUUUUUGUAACAAGUUAGUGGUGCAUAUAACAAAAGACCCAUGUGAUCUACUCUCAUCAGAUGGAAUGUGCAGAAGAGGCAGUAUCCAGUGGAAGCUUAAAUGGAUGAUUAUGGUAACAGACUGCUUGCCUUGGGGGCAGUGUUCAAGUGACAUAGCCGUUGCGCAUUCUUCCAUUUCAUCUGAGUCCUGAGAGUGGAGGCUGAAUAGUGAGGGUGGGAUGGAAUUAUAAAUCUCAUUCCCUGCAGUUUCAUUAUAUAUUAAAUCCCUCUUUAAAAAAACAAGGUGGUGUUCGAAAUGAUAGAAUAAAAUUCCGUCACAGUGUGCAUUCAGUGAAUUGAUUAGAUAUAAAUUAUUUGAAGAAAAGUCUGAUUAAUUUUUUGUGCUCAAGGUGUUUCUCUAGAUCAGCGUAAGCCAGUGCUUUUAUUAGCAUACUGUUUAGGCAUCCAGCUUUUUCUUAAUCUUCCCUUCCCUUCCCAGGCUCCCAAAAUAUCAAUUUUAUGAGGUUUAAUUUUAGCUGUUAACAUGUUUUAGGUUGACCAGCGUUUCAUAUCUGUAUUACUGGUCCCAAGAUAAUAAUAAUAAUAAUAAUAAUAAUAAUAAUAAUAAUAAUAAAUUAUUUAUAUCCCGCCCUCCCCAGCUGAAGCCGGGCUCAGAGCGGCUAACAACAGUAAAAUAAUACAACAUUCUAAAAUCAAUUCAUUAUAAAAUCAGUUCAAAUCAAAUUGAUGGCAACCAUUGGGCUAGAGUUUUGUGAAGAAUUACCAAAGGAGGGGGUCAGGCUGUGCCUUGGCCAAAGGCCUAGUGGAACAACUCUGUCUUGCAGGCCCUGAGGAAAGAUGUCAAGUCCCGCAGGGCCCUAGUCUCUUGUGACAGAGCGUUCCACCAAAUCGGAGCCAUAGCCGAAAAAACCCUGGCUCUCGUUGAGGGCAACACAAGGCCUAUUCAGGCAUGCUUAACUUGUAUACAGUGGUACCUCGCGUUAAGUACUUAAUUCGUUCCGGCGGUCUGUUCUUAACCUGAAGCUGUUCUUAACCUGAAGCACCACUUUAGCUAAUGGGGACUCCCGCUGCUGCCGCGCGAUUUCUGUUCUCAUCCUGAAGCAAAGUUCUUAACCCAAGGUACUAUUUCUGGGUGAGCGGAGUCUGUAACCUGAAGCGUAUGUAACCUGAAGCGUAUGUAACCUGAGGUACCACUGUAUUUGGCCCUGGCCCCUGACCACCACAUGUUAAGUGGGAAGGUUCGAAGGGAGGAUGUAAGCAGCCAAAUGUUCUUACUGUCCUUCAGACCUCCUUGGUCAAUGUAGGAAGGUCAGGGAUGGAGAAGAGAAGAAAUGUAAUGUUCCGUUCAAACCUGUAGAAUACGAAAACAGUUUGUGUAGUAAUGCGACUGCACAGUGUUUUUGAGUUUUAAAUUGCUUUGACUUGCAAAUAUGGACUAGAAUUACUCAGUGAGUAGCUGCUUUAAUUUCAAAAUCCAUAUUCUGUGUUGUACCAUAACCAGUUAUUAAUAUCAUUCUCUGUGUUUGGUAAAUGUUUAGGGUUGUCUGAUAACCAUGACCUGAAUAAUAAUAAUAAUAAUUACAAUAAUAAUAAUUUUUAAAAACCAUUAGGAAAUUUUGAAAGAGAAUCAUUUGCAUUGCUUUAUUGAACUCUUUUUUUACAAAAAUCUCAGUGUGUGGACAAGGCUAUACACAGCCAUGGUGCAAUACCUCUAGAGUGAGUAAAACUGAAUCGGAGUCCCAAUAUAAAGGAGUUUGGGCUACAGAAAGGAAACUUUUGAGAUGCUGAGAGGGAAAGGACUCUGACAGAAGUUCUGAAUAGAGUAUGCUAUCAGCGGCUGCAGCCUGAAUUCAUUGUGUUUUUAAUUCCUCUGUAUGGUUAUUGUGCAUUAAUCUUAUCCCUUAAGAAACUCAGUAGCUUUGAAGGGUUAGGAUGUUAAUUUGGGCACAAUCUGGGUGAAAUAAGUAUUUGUAUAGUGACUGUUCAACUUUCAAUGUACAAGAGGAGGAUGGCCAAGGGUCAAAAUGUUAUUAUAAGCUAAAUUGCAUGUGGUUCUUUUUAAUGUGGGUCAGGUGAAGUCUGGCUUUUCAGUAUUUAGUGUCUGCUUUUCCUUCAGUUAAGUUUUCUGGUUUUUGAGAGCACUUUGCUCAUUGCAUCAGAUAACGCUGAGCCAAGUUCAAGAGGAAAUGAAUGUGCAACCUGAUUUUCAGGCAGAGGGACACCUGUAGUUCUUUCAUUGUAAGAUGAAUUUGGUUUAUGCCUGUUGGCUGUCAUGGCAGAAUGAGUAACUUUGCUGAAAAUGGACAAAAUUUAGUUGAAGCUAGCAAAGAUAUUACGCUGCUGUUACUGAAAGCUGAGUAUUAUAAUGAAUUCUUUAAUCCUUUUAAUAGUGAAGGAUUUCAGCGCCCGAGUCAAUGUUUUUUAUUUGCCAAAGCAUUUUAAAUUACUGUAUUUUUAGCUGGCUGAAUACUUUUAUUCCUCUCAGUUUUAUUCUGUUUUCAUUAAGGUUUUAUCAUAGAAUCGUAGAAUUGGAAGGGACCAUGAGGAUCAUCCGGUCCAACCCCUGCAAUGCAGGAAUUGGUUGUGCAAUGUGAGGCUCAGACUCACGACCCUGACUAAGACACCCAUAGUUUUAUGCUCUACCAACUGAGCUAUCCCAGAUCAUAUGCUACUAUAGUAUUGCAGGUGUCAAAUUUUAUGUGCAUACUGCUCAAACUCUUGGAUGAAGGUAUGGCUUAUGAAAUAGAUACAUUUCUGUAUGCCGAUCCUCAAGAGAGCAUGAAGCAGUUGAUAGCAGUUGCUCCUUCAGUGGCAAAUGGGACAGCUUGCUUUCCAUUAGCAGUACUUAGAGCAGGAAAUUACUUUGUUUUCUGCACCCCGAGGGGGAAGUGCUUUUGCCUGAAUCCCAGGAAAUUCUGCCACCCGGAAGAAAGAGGUGGAAGCUGAAAGAGACCUUUUAUUUUUCCUUCCUUGUAAGCUGAAGGCAUGGGCUGGGGUUUUGGAAUGCUCCCAUCCCUUUCUUAAUGCCUCUUUCCCCCAGACCAGCUCAACGUGCCUCUUUUUGCGUUCUUCCCAUCUUCCUUCCAUCUCCAGUUACCAUGGAGAAUGAAAUGCCGGCUCCAUUCAAGCAGUUUGCUGAAUAGGUUUUGAGGUUGAUGGAUGGUGAGAAUCUCUUAUCCCUCCACCUCCCUCCUUUUCCAAACACCGCCCCUGCCUGGUUCUUGACAUUUCACUUGCCAGAGAAUGGUUGUCAGUGAGAGCGCUCUGAAAGGGAAGCUGGCAGUGUCCUGCUGAGAUGCUCUUUCAGUUUCGUGGAUGAGAUCAGCAGCCGUGAGAAGGUCUUGGGGACUUAGCUGCAAAGCUUCAUCUACAAGCUGGCUGGCUGAAGCAUGAAUGCUCACUUGCCUAUUUGCUCCUUCCACUGCCCAUCCACAUUUUCCAGAACACGCAGAGAAAGCAAUACCUUCCUGCAUUUGUUGUGGCUCUGUCUCUGGAGAUGAUACAACCUAGGACAGUUAAAGGAAAAGGUAAGCAAUUCUUUAUCCAAAUGUCAUGAGUACGUUUAAUUUCUUGUGAAUUGGCUCUGCUUUCUUACCCUACAGCACUGAUGAAGCCAUAUUAGUGCAUCUGUCGUUAAACAGCAUAUGUCUUAGUUCCAAGCCCUCUACAUGAUAUUAAUUAUGUGGUGUUUGAAAUACUCGUAUCAAGGAACUUUAACUUGCUCUUCCUGCUGUGUGGCUUAGGGUCUUAGUAGCAGCAUAUAGCAAUCUUUCACCCCCAACAUGAAUUUCUGAUCGGUUUGUGUAGCUCUGUUAUCUGUUGUGAUCGAAUGGAAACCAAUAUAAAGCUCAGUAGUGUGGUGUUAACUUUGUGGUGCUUUUGAGCAUAGCCAUAGGUCAAUAAUUGAAACCAUACUGAGUUUUCAUUCCAGCUAAGAUCUCAAGGGAAAUUCUUUGGAAAGGUACGUAGUUGAUAUUCAUUAUCUACUUAGAUCACGUAAGUUAGUAUCUGUCUCUCCUCCUGUUCCAUCCCAGAUGUGAAGUGUGCAAGGAUUUUUAUUUCAAGUCAAUAUAAAUUCAUAUUUUUCCUGUACUAAGGAAUGAUAGGUGCUAUAUCACCACCACGACUUUUUCAUCAGUUCCUCAGAGUUUUGAUUCUCACUGAGCUUCCAAGUUUUGUUUGAAUGUUGCAUUGUUGGCUCCCUGCUGGGGGAAGCAAGAAUGUUUUCUGUCAUGCUUCCAGUGUUGUUAAUUCAGUAAUGCAUCUACCUCUUGGGAAUCGGGGUUUUUUUUAAAAUUGUGUGGGUGUGUGAUCUGAACAAACAGAGCAUAUUUGGAGUUCCAGAGGGAUUCUCCCCAUAUACCCAAUGUGAAUUAUCCUUUCGAAAGGAUUAUAACUUCAUACUAGUCAGAUAUUGAACUGACUGAAAAAUCUUCAGUCACCACCAGCUUCUCUGUAUGUGCAGUCACUUCUGUCUGGAGAAGCUGUUUCUCCAUUUCCCAUCUCAUUUUAUUUGUUGGCUCUUUCUUUAAGUUCACUUGUUUCUGAUAUAGGAAUAUUUUAAAGCAAGCAUACUUUUGUCUUUCUGAUUCUAAGCUUACCUUUUUAUUGCAAUGUACAGAUGCUGCUUUAAUAUCCCCAUUUUGGCUCCGAUUCUUUUUUUAAUAUCUGGAUGCUUCCUUCUGUUAAAGUCACCCAGAUUUAAACAUUUUCCAUUACCUACUAAUUUGCAAAAAUAGCUCUCGCUCACUGGUUUAAAAUUUAGUGCCAUUGGAACAAUAUCCAGAAUGUGUUUGUCUACUGCAACAAAAAAACAAGAGAUUCAUCCUUUCUUGUUUUUACUUAAAAUCUACCAUUUAAUCUCACAAAUAAUUCUUGUUCAUGGAAUGUAUUAAUGAAGUUGCAAACUGCAUUCAUAAACUGCUCUGCUUUCCCUUUCCAUAUAGUUUCCCCAGUCAAUAUCCCUGUCUCAUGUUGUGUGUUGACUGGCAUUUCUAUUCACUGUGGUAGACUUGAGUUGAAGAGCCUCCCAUUCCAGUAGUCAGUGUUUCCAUGAAUCGAAGCACAAUCUCCAUUAUUGUGGAAAGGAAACAUUUGUUUACCUUUAUCAUUAUAUUAUAAACAUUAUAUACUAUAUAUUCAGCAACAAAAAUAAACAUAUACUUUAUUCAAGAUAGCGUAUACUUCCUAAUUUACAGUCUGCUUUGCUCCUUGUAUUGUACAUACUUUUGCUGUAAAUUAAUUUGAAAAAAGUGGUUAUUGGACUGUGUUUGUGUGUGUGUGUUUGUGUGUGUGUGUGUGUGUGUGAUACACACACACACACACACACACACACACACUAUUUUGGGCAUUUCCAAGAAUUUUGAACAGAAGACAUAUGCACAUACACAAUAUUUCACACAUUUCAAAACUGCUCGCUUUUAAAAGAGAUUUGCGAUGCAGCCUGGGGGCUGUGUCAAGAAACGCAGGUCCAAAACUUUGCUGUGAAUGUGCAGAAUUAGUUGUACUCUUGUUUGAAUGCAGGCCAUAAUCUUUGACUCACCUAUGUAGGAUUUGUUGGGGGGGGGGGGUUGAAAAAAAAAAAAAAAAAGCCGAACAGUCAUCCUUUUCACAGCAAGGAGUGUUUGGGGAAAUAACCCCUUUCCCACAUGCUCCAGCCCUUCUCUUACAGACUCCUCUAUUACUGUUAUUAUUUUCAGUCCUGCUUCUGUCAAUGAAGAGCAAGUAUGGAGGUGAGAAGACUCUUCCUCCUUCCCUACAUAGCAACAAUGACAGCAUUUAAUUCAAUUAAAUAUGAAGGCUUCCUGUCUUCUAAUAACACACAUUUAAUCAAGUGUAAGUAAACCACAAAUGUCCACGGCUGAAGUGCAUUAUUUGGUAUAGAAUUCUGGACCCUGAGAAUCUCACUUUAUAAAGAAAUAAAAUAUGAUUUUCAAAUUUGGCAUCGCUCUGAGAAAUUAAAUAGUAGGGGGAAUUGAGUAUCCUGGGGGAAGUGCAUGGCUGGCUGAAAACAGCCCUGAAUAGGAAAGCUGCUAGCAGGUGAGGAUAUAAUGCAAUAUUUUCCUGCAGGUCCCACAUAUGUGCAGGUAUAGGUACCUAAAAAUUAUGUUAGGGGAGCUUCUCUUAUGGAAAGCAACAUUCUCAGUUGAAUUUUCACAUUCCCGCCUCGUUUGUGAUUGCCACAGCUGGUAUGACUUGUAUGUAGCCUCGGGCUUUGCUUCCCUCUGCAAAAAGCCAAUCCAUGCUUUGACGUGGAAAAUGCUUCAGAAAUUCCAAUCCAUGUGGUUUUAGUAAUGGGGAGCUCCUAGCAAUUGCCUCAGACAUAGCUAUAGGAUAAAAUAGCCCUCAACACAUGUAUGUACAGUACAAUCAUAUACAUGUCUCUUUGGAAGUAACUGCCACUGGGUUCAUGAAAGUGAGUAUAUAUGAUUGCAGUCUAACCUCCCAAAUUAAGCUUAGCUUUAUUUCUGUAUUCAAAGCAUUCUGAAUUAAACCAGGGCAGGGAGAUGGAACAGAUUAUUUUCAAGGACUUUCCAAUUAUGCCAUCCUAGGAUUAGGAUUGUGUAUUGUUCCAGUUAGUUAGUAUUCACUGCCGUAAAUCAAUUCUUCCCUUCUGAGUCCUAAUACAACAUUCUUUAAAAUACGUCCAUUCAUUUUUCUUCACCAGCAGCUUUUGAAUGGGUAAGCAAAGAAUGAUUUCAAUAGUUAUGAACACUAAAAAAAAAAGUGUUUAUUAAAAACAAAUUGUUCACCCAUUCCUUACCCAUCUAUAGAUUUUUCAAAUGAGCUUCAAAAUAAGAAUCCUUCUGAUGGAAAUUCUUCAGCUUGCAGAUUUUCCUUUCCCCACCCAUCUCUCUCCUACAUUUCUGAAUGCAGUUCCCCAUCAGUUCACCAACUGUAGCCUGCCAGGUAGCUGACAGUCUCCCUGCUGUUGCAGCUGUUGUCAGGUCAUUCAAGGCUGGUGAACUGCAUUCAGUUUGGUUGGUCAGAUGUUGUUCAGACCGGCUGGAGGGACUGCUGUUGGCAAAAUAGAGGUCAGGUUGACUUGAUUUCCCAUAAGGAACAUAUGCUGUUAGGGUUGAAUUGAUCAUACCAUCAAGAAAAAAAACCACACAGGGUUGUAUUCAGUGUACUCCUACGGAGAACAUUCUGUAAGCACGAGGAUUUCUCAUUGCACAACAGGACUCCCCACUCUUUUCCCUCCGACACACCAAACUCUGUUAUGGGUUCUUCCCCCAACCAUCCGGAACAGUUAUGGGUACAGUGCUGGAGGAGAGAGAGAGAAGGUCCCCUGUUGCACUAGCAGUAAUUAUUCCACUCGUGCAAUUCCUUAGUUGAAUACCAACCACAAAGUUUUCCAUAAGACUUUCAUAAUGAGAAGAGCUGCCAGAUGGAAAUAUUAAGGGUUUGGACUACAAAAUCCUGGGCAUUUCAAGCAUGCAGCUUCUCUCUUAGUGGAACAGAUCUCACAUCUUCAAAUCAAUACUGUAAACUGUACCAAACUCAGGAAGGGACAUUCUCUCUCCUUCCACCACACUGUUUUUGUACCAUUUUAGCUGUUGCAUUAUUUCUGUAAGCGUGAACUUUCAGAGUACUUGGCAGUGUCAAAGCUUUGUAAGUGUUUCACACAUGUUCUUGACAUGAAAAUAGGAUCUGGAUACUACUAUUUCUAAAGGGACGCGGGUGGCGCUGUGGGUAAAACCUCAGUGCCUAGGACUUGCUGAUCGUAAGGUCGGCAGUUCGAAUCCCCGCGGCGGGGUGAGCUCCCGUCGUUCGGUCCCAGCUCCUGCCCACCUAGCAGUUCAAAAGCACCCCUAAGUGCAAGUAGAUAAAUAGGUACCGCUUUAUAGCGGGAAGGUAAAUGGCGUUUCCGUGUGCGGCACUGGUGCUGGCUCGCCAGUUGCAGCUUCGUCACGCUGGCCACGUGACCCGGAAGUGUCUUCGGACGGCGCCGGCUCCCGGCCUCUUAAGCGAGAUGAGCGCGCAACCCUAGAGUCGGUCACGACUGGCCCGUACGGGCAGGGGUACCUUUACCUUACUACUAUUUCUAAAAUAUGAAUACUGUACACUUUUUUCUUUUUUUCUUUUGCAAAAAGUGUGGCGGUGUGGGAAUGGAGGAUAAGUGAUCUUGCUUGGGAUUCAAGGGUGCACUAAAGGCAGAAAGCAUUCUGUCAGCAUACCUAGAUACUGUUCUGUGUAGUCUAGAUAGGAAAACCUAUAUCUUGAAAGUUACAAAUCUCUGUAGCAUCCUUUUUAAUAGCUACUACUCUGCAGAUAGAAGGUACGCGGGUGGCGCUGUGGGUUAAACCACAGAGCCUAGGACUUGCCGAUCAGAAGGUCGCGGUUCGAAUCCCCGCAACGGGGUGAGCACCCAUUGCUCGGUCCCUGCCCCAGCCAAGCUAGCAGUUCGAAAGCACGUCAAAGUGCAAGUAGAUAAAUAGGUACCGCUCCGGCGGGAAUGUAAACCUUUCCGUGCAUUGCUCUGGUUCGCCAGAAGUGGCUUAGUCAUGCUGGCCACAUGACCCGGGAGCUGUACGCCAGCUUCCUCGGCCAAUAAAGCGAGAUGAGCGCCGCAGCCCCAGAGUCGGUCACGAUUGGACCUAAUGGUCGGGGUCCCUUUACCUUUUUACUCUGCAUAUAGUUUUAGAUGUAUAUUCAGAAGUUCUGGUGCUUAUAUGUCAAAAGAACUUUACUUUGCGGGCAAACUUUUAUUAUUUCCCCAUAUAUCUUUGAAAAUACAUGCUUUGCAAUUUAAGACUAACAUUUAAUAUCUUCCAAUCAUACACUUGUUGAACCCUUUUGUAUUUUUGUUACGUUUUUAAAAUAAAAUAUAUGCAUUGUUUUCUUUAAAUGAAACACUGAGUAGUUGGCUGUAAAGUACUUGAAUGUGACGAUUGUAUACUAGAAGAGUGUCUAAUUCAGCAUAAGAUACUAGCCAUGCAACCUGUAUUUUUUCACAACAACAAUUCAUUUAAUACCUUUACCAAACAUUUCCAUUGUUGUUAAUCAUAAGCUGUUCAUUUUUGCAUCUCAAGAGUCAUUGAUGGGAAUCUAUCUUUUGUUCUCUGGAAACAUUGGACUGAAUUACAUGGAUAUAAUUAAAACACAAGAUGGAGAAUAUGAGAACUGAAAAUGAAGCUAGAUUUAUGAAGCUGUUUCUGAAUUCGAAUAAGUGUGGGUGUUUGGCUUGUUUUCCCGUUAAUACUAAGUGUUUUGCACAUGUUUAAGAGCUGCUUUAGCUGAGUUUAGCAGCAUGGCAGUGCCUCAGAAGCAGAGGUGGCAGCAGGAUUUUCUAGACCUAGUUCAUUGUGUAUGAAUUGGACCCUCUAACCCAUUCACAAAAGAGGACAUACAUGUGCAUAUUCAUUGUGUCCAAUGCAGAUUUGUCUCUUCUUUUGAGGGUAAGUGGAUGGUUGACAGGCAGAAUGCCUCCUGUAAUUUUAUUCCCAUUCUGAAAAAAGGCAUAUAACUGUCGUGGUUACCACAAAGUACCAUUUCACAGAAGAAAAACUGGUGAUGCUCAGAGACUCUCCAAAACAGUGUGCAAAACAUCUACAACCUUUUCUAAAGUACAGGGGGUAAGCAGGCAACACCUCCCCCCAAAUAAGCAAAACACUCCCAACAAAUAACAUUUCAAACGAACAAAGAACACAGCCCUAAACACAACCAAUCAGUUUAGUAGUCUAUUUUUGCAUUAAGCAGUAUAUAACUUGAUAAAUCAUCAUAAUCACGGUGACUACUACCACCAAACAAAAAGGCAAGUGGGACUAUAUGGAACUGGCGCAAAUGACUGGCAGAAUCCGUGACCAGGGAGAAGAGGCGAUGGAAGAAGAUUGGAAGAAAUUCAAAGACUACCUACAGAAAUAUUGCAAAAUUAAGGAAUGUUAGAGUGAUGUUGGAUUGAAAAUAAGUGGUUUCCAGCUGUACAGGAUAAAAUUAUAAGACAGACUAAGAUUAAAGAUCAGGAUUAAAGAAGUUUAAGGAAAUGGAAAUUUGGUACUUAAGAGGUAAAAUUUUAAUGCUAUAUUACAUCAAGAUUAAAGAUUAGGAGUAAAUAAGUUAAAGGAAAGGGAAAUUUGAUACUUAAGAGGUAAAUUUUUUAAUGCUAUAUUACACUAAGAAUAAAGAUUGGGGUUAAAAAAGUGGAAAAGAAAUUGCUGGAGGAACAAUUUGGACUGGAAUACAAAAGAGGGAGGUAUGAGGAAGUCCAGAAAACAAGUAAAUUUAAAAAAGGGAAAUGAAAAGGUGAUAUUGUUUUUAAUUGUUCUGUUUCUUUUUUUUUGUAAUUUUUUGUUUUUCAUUUUUGUUUUCUUUUUUUGGAACUUGUAUUGCGUAUUUGUGUAUUUCUUUUUUAUGUUCUUUCUGUUCAACUUUUUAUUGAAACUUUAAUAAAAAUUAUUCAAAAAACAAAAAAAAAACAAAAAGGCAAGUGAUGCAUUCUGGGGGAAAGGAAGUAAGAAUGCUGUGUGCCCAGUGCCACCCAUGGCAGAAAAAAGCUUUUAAAAAUGUUGAUUUUAAAAAUAAAAAUAUUUGGAGAUGCAGGAUCCUUGGUUGGCAUCAAGGAGGUUAUCUGAGGGCACAACCCUGAAUAUGACUUUAUUUGUGUAUUGUGUUCUCAGUUAUAUAUACUUCUUACUUCCCUCAACAUUCAUUUUAAAUGCGGAAGAGCUAACAUUGUCUUCAAUGGACACAUUUUAUUUCCUUAUUUGUUUCUAGUUCUCCCUUCACUUUGUAGCCCCAGGGCAGGUCACAUACAGCUCAAUACAAUUAAAUCAUGUAAGACAUUUCACCUCCAAUGGCUUUUGCAGAAGGAGAAAGGGGUGAUUGGUUUGGUUUUGUUCUUGUUUUUAUUAUGGAUUUUCUUCGUUUUUUAUCUUGUCUUUUUAUGCUGUGAAUUGCAUAAAUAAUAAAUAAAAGGGUAUAUUGACCUGAUGUCAAAAAGUAUACAGUGACAAGGCCAGAGGCAACUUGGGAGGGGCAUUCCACAAUUUGGGGGCCACCACCGAGAAGGCCCUCUCAUGCACCACCACUCCACAAAUUUCACAAGGCAGCAGAACUGUGAGCAGGGCCUCUCCCUCAGAUCUCAGCACCUUGGCACGUCUUUAUGGGAGAGGAUGCUCCUUCAGAUAUUGGCGCCCAAGUCAUUUAGGGAUUUAUUUGUCAAUUCAGGCACUUCGAUUUGGGCUUGGAAGCACAUUGGCAACCACUGCAAGUCUUAAAGAACUGCUGCAAUAUGUGUCAGGCCAAUAGAAUCCACUCACAAUCCACAGAGCCACUCCAAGAGGAAACCAUGUCCCUUGGUAUCAAAGCUGACAAGGCCAAGGAGAAUCAAUAGAGUAGCACUCAUCCAUCCUUAUUUCAGCAACGACCACCAAGCCAGAUGACUAGUGCCAAUUUGGUGCUAUAUCUGGGCCUGAAAUUGGAUUGAAGAGGGACCAGAUAAUUGCUUCUUCCAAGCCUGUCUACAGUUGAACUGCUGCCAUCUUUUCGAGAGCUUCUUGCCUAAGAAGAGAAUAUUAGCAGCUGGGCAAUCCCUUAACAUUUCCAGGUCCUCCCUAUAAUUUCAAAUAAUACUAGAACCUAGGUUUUCUAAGGCAGGAGUGGGGACAUUGUACAAUGUCAGGUGAUUCUGAAGAAGCAGAACUCAUAUCUCCUCUGUUAACCACUGGUGACAUAAAAGCUAUUUUUGAGAGCAUAUUUGAAGAAGGACUGAAUCAAAAGGCAAAAGAAAGGGGUAAAGGUUAGAUGAAAGUUUUAAGGAAAUGUUAGAUCAGAGGCAUAGAUAUACCAUAUAGCUGUGUCUUCUAGCCCUUGCAUUGGACUGAUCAGAGGCUGUUUUAUGAUACGUGGAAGUAUAAUAAUUGUCUGUCAGUUCUGUUUCCAGUGUUCGUGUGUCAGUUUAGCUUAGUGCUUUGAUUCGGUUUGGCCUAUGUUACGAGGCCAUAGCCUGCCGCCUUUUACUUUUGAUGUCGCAAGCUACAGUGUGUGUAAUUGUGUUGAACUUAAUUUCGCUGAAUUUUAAUUCUGUGUAAUUCAUUUGAAGUCAGAGAAUGCUGUAUCUCCUCUGCCUUGGCGCUGCUCAGCCUGCCAUUGCUUAGAUUUGCAGCACUGCAUCAAAACAAAUAGGAAGUGUAACAAAAUGCAGGAUUAAUCCCUUUAAAGUAAACACCUCAUUCUUCUAAGUCAGCGUUUGAUGUCAAUUUAUCACAAAGCCUGGAAGCAUCAGCCUAGUGUGGGAGGGAGUCAUAUUUGGGUACCACAUGAAAUCUGCCUCUGUUUAAUGCGAUGCAGUUGGGAAGACUGUAUUUCAGAGGCCAGCUGCAGGGUAUUUAAAGUUUCUUACUGUGAAAUCCUGUUCUCUAGUCUUGUUCCAAAAAACUGGUGCUUGACUUAUUCCUUCUAAAAUCUGGUUGUUCUGUGCUGGCUUUUGAUUUAUAAAUAUAUUUUACAGGCUUAGGGCAUAAACAGGAAGAAUGGAAGAUGUUAAAGUAAUGCAAAUGGGAAUUUUCUUGCUUUCCAACCAGUAAUCUUCCACUAUCCACGAUUAGAAAUGUGUGGGGUAGUGCUUUGGGAUCACACCUCUGCUUCGUGACUGUCAAAUUUGUAUAUGAAAUGCUGCAAUACUUUGUAAUUGUGAUGGGAGUUGGGGUUUUUAAAAAUAAUCUGUUAGAGAAAUCUGUGCCUGAGAUCCAUAUGCAUGCUGUUCACAAAGUAUUAACCCUUUUCAUGAAGGGUUAUUCUCAAGUACCUGGUACAGUUUGGGCUUAAUCACCCUUCAGCUUUUGAAAACAAAUAUACAAGUAUCUAUCAGUCAUGCCUAGCUGUGUGUAUGUGUUUAUAAUUUCAUAUUAUGCUCAUCUGAUUAAGAUCACAACCAUCUCUAUCCCUACUUUUUAGAAAGUGGGGGUAAAAUGAACAUCGCAGGAUUUUGACUUCUGGUGAGAAUAGCUGCACCCAAAUUUUGGGAUUUCUGUAUCUGUAAUGAAGCAGGGAAUUUCGAUGUACUAUUAUUUUGUGUGGCAAUAGUUCACUACCUUGCUCACACCUACCUCUGUUUCCAUGUUUGUUAUAGUGCUUACGUGUUUUUUAUACUGCGGACGUUAAAAUUGUAGUAAAGAGUGGUUCUCAUCAGCUAUGAGCCCAUGAAAAGGAAUAUAGUGGUACCUUGGUUUAAGAACAGCCCUAUUUACGAACUAUUCGGUUUAUUAACUUCCACAAAACUGGAAAUAGUGUCCCGGUUUGCAAACUUUACCUCAGUUUAAGAACGGAAGCCAAACAGUAGGAAGGGCACCGGCAGUGGGAGGCCUCAUUAGAGAAAGUGUGCCUUGGUUUCAGAACGAUUUCGGUUUAAGAACAGACCUAGGAGCAGAUUAAGUUCGUAAACCGAGGUACCACUGUGUUGUACAGAGAAAGUGACUUGGAUCCUAAGAGGUUAAAUUAAGGAACUUCCUAGAGGAAGACCUUUCCAUCCUAUCCUCCCCUUGUAGCUACCUGCACUGAAAAGCCUCUCUGGAGUUUCAGUAUCUUGAAAAUUGUAGAAUGGAGCAAGGAGGAAUUGCCCAAAUUUGGGCAAGCAUCUGCCCAGCUUGGGGCAAUUCUCCAGCAGAAUUAAAUUCCUCUGUGAUAAAUGAGCCUUACUCCCAGCCAGGUGUGCUCACAGUUGCAGACUAACAUAUAAAGCUUCCUUAGGGGGAGUUAUGCCAGAGAAAUCCAAGUGCUAGAAAUGAGAUUUGUUCUGGGCCUGACACAUUUUAGGGGGAAAGCCUUCUGAGGUCUGUUGUAGUGUCCCAAGUGCAAGGGACACCAGCGACUCAUAAUAUUGCACUGUGAUUGUAUUGUAGGGUGGCUGCCAGACCCAACCACAGUUUGUAAACACUUAUGUGUGAAACCUCAAAAGACAUACAGAUUAGAGCCGCUAGAGACAAGUCCAGCUUAUAUUGUCUUUUGUUAACAUAAUGAAUAUGAUUAAUUUGAAGUCAAGUAGGUUAAUAGAGGAGGUGAAAGUCUUCUUGGUAGCUUUUGUCUUAGAACAGUGGUUCCCAAACCUUUCUCCCUACAGACAACAUGAAAAUUGCUGUGGGGCUUGGCAGAUCAUUUCCUAAGUUUUCUUCCUGGUGUAGAAAUUGUAAUAUGCUGUGCUAGAUGCUACAUUGUUUUGGUUGUAUUUCUUAUAUUGCAUUUUACUGUAUCACUAUUUGAAUUCAGAUUAUAAUACACACCCCAAACCACCUGAAUGGAGCUUCUGGAACAUUGGUGGUCUGUGGAACUCCUAUGUGAAAAUUUACUCAAGGCCUAUUUUCCAGUCAUGGUUUGCCUAUGCUGGAAAAUGAAAUUGCCAAUUCAUUAACUGCUAGGAAUAUCAAUUAACACAGGCAUCCCCAACCUUUGGCCCUCCAGAUGUUUUGAACUACAAUUCCCAUCAUCCCUGACCACUGGUCCUGUUAGCUAGGGAUCAUGGGAGUUGUAGGCCAAAACAUCUGGAGGGCUGCAGGUUGGGGAUGCCUGAAUUAACAUUUUUAGCCGCAGAAAGUGUUUUUUUAAUCUUUAUGUGACUCGACUGCUGUUAAGUAAUCAAGAAUCCCACUGUGCUGACAUCAUUCACGCCCGCCGGUGAGUGUGCUGACAUCAGACACCUGCGCACCCACAGUGUGUGUGGCUCCAGGCACCCAUGGUCCCACAGCCAAGCUAGUGGGCCUGUUCAGAAUUGUGUCUUUGUUGUCACAUGCCUUGUUUCUGGAUGGAGAUCUUUCUGGCAAGCGGGCCCCACCACAGGAAUGAUCAAGCUAGAUUUUUUUUAAAAGAUGUAGCUUUAGAAACGUCUAACAGUAUUGAGCAGGAAGGAACCCGAGAUUCUGCAGACAGUUCCAUGUAGUUGGAUCACAUUUCUUAAAGCUCAUCAGCCAGCCAUAUCACAGAGCACUUGGGUGCAUUUAGGCAAGUGGCUCUGCUGAAUCCCUGUGAACUGAAGUGUCCCUUGACUGCAGAUUUAAGCAAUCAUCACAAUUCUGCUGCCCAGAUACAUUGUCUGCAGGUAAGGAUAACUGAGUGGUCUGCUUUGUUCAUUUGCUUGUUGCAAUUAGCUUCUGAAAAUAACUUUCCACAAAUUUCCUCCGUUGAAAAUUCACUUUUGUUUCACAUUCUCUUGUGUGAAUUUGCUCUCAUGAACUUUGCUGGUCUUGUGAAAAUUAACUGCUCUUACAAGCCGGUGAGUUGAAUAUAGCUCAUGGAAAGUUCUGUUUGUUCAGCACUGCUGUAGGAGCAGGUUCAUUUUCAUAUUCUCAGGAAUAAGUUUCUGCUGAAUCAGAGGCGUGGUCCUUUUGUAGAACAAUGUAAUAAUGGAAUGACGUGUGUGGAUUAGCAGAAAAUUUCCUCCUGAUAGGAGGAGCUUCUGUGAACCAAUUAGUAAAGUUUCUUACAUCUACUCCAUAUCAUGCUACUCUUUCUUUAAAUUGUAAUCAGCAGGGGCAGUAAGGCAUACUCUCCCCCUGUCCAUGUGACCCAUGUGAUUACACACCCUCCAUUCAGAUGUGUUUUCCCUCAACCAGUAUUGGAAGUGAGAUUGGUGGAGAAGAAAUUGGCUGGUGGGUGGAAGGUGGCUGCAGCAGUAAAAGCUAAGUGUAGAUUUAGGUUAAUUUGAGACUUUGGACUUAAUGGUCUCAAAGUCACCACUCUGUAGACUUUAAUGCAUAUUACUUCAAAGUGUGGUGAGCCAGCCCUGCUGUGUUUUUAGGGUGCUGAUUUUGGUGAGUGAGACCUGGACUCCUGCCCUGAUAGUGCCACUGUUAAGAGAAGUGGAUGAGAGAUGGGUUUAGUAUCUCCUCACCCAUGUGCCCUUUUAGCCCUUUAAACUGUACACACACACACACACACACACACACUUUGAGCAGGGAAGAGCUGUGUUUAAAAGGCAUAGGUCUGGUGCAAUCCUGUGUGAUUAAUUUUGAGAGCAAGGUAAAUUCACUCUUCCCCAUCUAAGGCAGUGUGGUUCUGCUCUGAUGAAAAUGUGUUUUUUAUCUCUGAAAAGUAGCGGGGGAGGAAGAAUGGGUGUUAAAAAAUGCUCUGUGUUGCAAGACCGCUGUGCAAUAAAUGAAUGGUUCAGUUUCUUGUGGGUGGCGAGAUCCACUGCACCGCUGCUUUUGCCUUACUCAGUUUUUACAAAGCUGUUUCAGUGCCUUGACUACAUGGUGAUGAAGCCUGCUGGCAGUAAGGCAAAGUAGCUAGAAUUGUUCUUGUUAAUUAAAAAGGUAUCAAUUUAUAGAAUCCGAUGCUUUUUGGUACCCAGAUAGUAUGUUAACGUCUGUCAGCAUUUUGUUUAAACUUUGAGGAUAGUCAUUGCCUCAUAGCUUUAUAGAUGGGCAAGUAUAUAGGUCACUGUUUCAACCUGUGUGGGUCUGUGCAAUUUAUUCUGGUGUUUUUCAGGCUUUUCUGUAUGCAGAACUGCUUGUUAGUUAAACGGUGUGAUUUUGAUCAAGUACAAAAAUGUCUGUGCAUCCAUUGUUCAAGCUAAAACAAGUAUCCAUUCAACUUCUUGUACUGAGUACAUACUUUGGAUUAAAAUUAGUCCUGCUCACUGAUUGACAAUUCCACUUUGAUGAUUUUGGGCAAAACAGCACCGACUCCCUUAUUAUGUUCAGACUUAAAUGCGUCUUUGUAGGAAAUGUUUUCAUAGGUGCACAUGUUAUAGACAGGGCAAUUGAACUCUUUCUGAUAUGAUAGUUAAGAGCUGGUAUAGUUGUAAUAGUAGAAAAGUGUUGUCCUGUCCUGCAUUGGUAAAUCUUCCUUUACAAGUCAUUUGCAACACUGAUCACACAAAAGUAAGCAAGUAAGUAAGUAAAUGAAAAAUGUAUUGGCUCUUAAGUUAUGUAAAUGGCAAGAGUUGGCUCAUAGAGCUUGUCAUUUCUUAAGUUUUACUUGCUGCCCUUCUUGCUCUUUUUACUCUUGUUGACUGAACGGUUGUUAAAGAUAGGGAAGUGGGUACGGAAAAGCAGACAUACGCUGGGGAAUGAACAAAUAAAUAUAUUUCUAUGGGUUUAGAAAUGUGAGGUCAAUGCUAAUUUGCUGUGCCAAAUUGAAAUAAUAUUUAUGUAUCGAGCAAUGCAUUGCUUUUCAUUGACAGAAAUGCAUGCCUUUAAUUUCUGUUAAACAUAUUUUUAUUUUUAAUUUCCUGUAGUCACUGAAUCUUCACUCUGUCUCUCUGCCACCUAUGAGUUUCCAUCUUCAAAAAGCAAGAAGUACUUAAUAAUUAAAGCAGUGAUUGGGGAUGACUCAUCUAUUUUCAAUCCCCACCCCCUGCACAGAUGCCCACUCACAACACCUGUUAAGCAGCAGUCUAUGCCAUUUCUUCACACAAUUGUAGCAUGAUCAACCUUAGGAGGAAAUGCCAUCAUUAAAGCUAGCUAACAUCUGAUUUUGCCACUAACCGGUGAAAUUGUGAGGUUACUAGAGAGAAGCAGAGAACAGAGGUUUCACCCAUCUCUAAAAGCUGAUCUCCUUGUAGUAUCCAAUUCUGCUGCAAACUCUUCUCAUAGUAAUCUUCUUUGACUUCUAAAGAACUGUCAUUGAAACUAUAAUUUUAAAAUGUGCUCCAGUCUGUACCCAGACAAGGGUUUCAGGAGUCCAAAAAGUUAUUUAUUGGCACCACAUACUGUUGUGAAAAUUCUAGGCUUUGAAUUCUGGAUAUUCUGAGGAAUAGUCACGUAACAGUGAGUGUAUUUAGGCCAUAGCAAAAUAGCCAGCUACCGUCAGAGAAGUUGUGUGUCUCAAUAAGGGAAGUUUCCUAGAGUCCCUGGAGUCUUCCCUUUGGCUUUCUGAAAAUUGAGUCCAGCCUUCCUAAUCUUUACAUAGUUUCCCCAGAGGACCAAAAACAAAAAACCAACUGUAAAAGAACAGAACAGUUUUUAAACUCAAUACAAUGUAGAAAGCAUUUGUUUUAGUUCUGUCUUGUGCAACAGGCCCCAGCAGUCAUCUGUACUCCCUGUGUGAUAGAAGACAAUCAAAAUGAGGUAGAGUUUCUAACAUUUGCCUUCAGAAGGAAAAUACAUUCGCUUAUCUUGAUGUAUUUCAUCGAAACAAUAUGACCCCAGGCCUUCAACCUGUGUUGGGUGGGGUUUCACCCUCCCUAAAUAAAAACUCAGGUCUGCAUCUUUGAUUCAGCUCAUGUAGCUCGUGCUUUGUGUAGAUGCAUCUUAAAAUCAGUCUGCACGGCACUUCCUUUUCUUGAGCCUAGACUUCAUUUGAGCCUAGACUUCAUUUGAAGUGCCAACUGAACACCGUUUCAAUACUCUUCAUGUGAACUGUCCUCAUUUUUUUAAAAUGGUUCACUUUGCACAUGGCAACACUGUGGUGGCAGCAGUGUUGUGGAACGCUCUCCCUGCUAGAAUAUAAGGAGCGCUGUCAGUAUUGGCAUUUUGCUGGCUCUUGAAGACACAUGUGUUUAGACAAGCAUUUCCCUGAUCUCCUGACUUGAUCCUCCAGUUUCAGUUCGUGUUUUACCUAUUCUAAUUGUUAUGCUGGUUUAAUGGAUUUGCUUUUGUAGAUUUUAAUUGUUGCAUUUUAAUUUCAGUGUUUUGAUGGAGCUGUUUUAUUGUAGAUUUUAAUUGUGUGCAGGCAGGUUCUUGUUUGGGGGGGGAGGGUGUUCCAGGUCAUUUCACACGUCAACGCAUUCUGCCCCCACCCCCAAAAACAACACAUGGGUCAGCAGUUGCACAUCAACUGGACGAGCACAAAAUAGUUGCCGCCUGUAUUGCUAUAUUCCUUUUAGUUGGUUUUAUAAUUGUAAACCACUUAGAAGCUUUUUUUUCUUUUUGCUAGUAAACAAUAGAUUACUGGGAUGCGGGUGGUGCUGUGGGUUAAACCACAGAGCCUAGGACUUGCCAGUCAGAAGGUUGGCGGUUCGAAUCCCCACGAUGGUGUGAGCUCCCGUUGCUCGGUCCCUGCUCCUGCCCACCAAGCAGUUCAAAAGCACAUCAAAGUGCCAGUAGAUAAAUAGGUACUGCUCUGGUGGGAAGGUAAACGGCGUUUCCGUGUGCUGCUCUGGUUCACCAGAAGUGGCUUAGUCAUGCUGGCCACAUGACCCGGGAGCUGUACGCCAGCUUCCUCGGCCAAUAAAGCGAGAUGAGUGCCGCAACCCCAGAGUCGGUCAAGACUGGACCUAAUGGUCAGGGGUCCCUUUACCUUAAACAAUAGAUAGAUUAGAUUAGAUUUAAAAAAAUCCCAGUAGCACAUUAGAGACCAACCAAGUUUGUUCUGGGUACAAGCCUUUGUGUGCAUGCACACUACUUCUUCAGCAUUUAUUUUUUAAUUUAUUUUGACUGUGUAAGACCAACACGGCUACCUACCUGAAGAUAAUAGAUAGAUUAGAUUAGAUAAUAUUGGUGCCACCUCACUCCAAAUCUCCUGAUGACCUCUCCCAGCAGCUUCUGAAAAAUAGCUUGGGGUGCAAGGUGGAACCCUGUGGGGCACAGCAGGAUAUGUCUUGCUCAGCUUUGCUCAUUUCUGGUUGCAAUUUAAGAUGUUCAUUAUUACCUUUUAAAGCCUUAUACAGUUUAGGGGUAAGAUAGUUUAAGGGCAAUUUGUUCCAGUUAUAAUUCUGCCUGUUCCUUACAGUCAGUUUGACAAGCCUCCCUAUGUCCCUUGAGUAGCUGAAGUACAGUUAAAUGGGGGGGGGGACAUCUCUAUGGAUUAUGGAUCUCCCCGUCAUGAAAGAUUCAUUUUGCUUUUUCUCUUACUAUUGCAUUUUACUAUCAAGUAAAGACCUCUUUGUUUAGGCAAGUUUCGAUUUGCCCUUCUGUUAGACUUGUAGUUAUAUUGCUUUGCUCUGCUGUACGUCAGUUACUGUGAUUUCACUAUAUCUUUUUGAAGGGGGGUUAGUAAAUUUUAAUCUGCCUUCAACAGUGUUAAGGUAGAGAGGCAAGGUAAAAAUGGGGUAGAUAAAUAAAAAUGUAGCUUAGGAAUGGGAAUGCAGCAAGAAGAUUUUGAUUGUUUUAUUGGGGAGCCAUUUUCAAUUUAUCAUAUUAAUGGAACCACUUAAGGCACUGUAUUGUGUAGCCUUAUUUACUCAACAGCAGUGCAAUAUUUCAGAAGGCAGAGGACAACCUAGCUGGCUGCUAAAGUUCUGUUGAUUGUUUUUCCUAUACCAUUUAAAUAUUUAUAAUGUAAUAGAGGAAAUGGAAGGAUUUCGGACCAUACAUACAUCUGCACAUUUUCUCCAGGGAAUUGAACCAUUAAAAAUUUGGGUUCAGUUCUGAUUCAUCAGCAUUUUUUUUAACUCUCCAGUUUUGUUCUGGUUUGGACAUUAACUUUAAAAAGAGGUUUAAUAACCGGUUCAGACAUGUUGAACUGUUGGAAGUAAUAUUUCAUGCAGAGUAAUUUCAGCCUCUUACUUUCAGUGUAGCCCUGAAAAGGGUUAACUUGAGAUGCAAGUUUAUUUGUAAACUUUUCUGAAGGUUUUCACAUACAGAAAUACGACAGGAUAGAAAGAGGAAACUAAAACAUUGAGAUAGACAGUAAAAGGGAAUGGGAGGGGAAAUAUUUGGUUUUUUGAAUGUGCUGUUCUUGUGCUGUGGAAUGUAAGGGGCUGUGACUCUUCCCUAGGCCUUGAGUAUGUUGUCACCUAAAAUUGUACUGUUAGAUGGCCACAUUGUGAUUUUGUGUCUGUUUUGUAUUUUAUUGCAUAAAUUUUAACCAAUUUCAGAUAUAGAAUGAAGGCAUAUACAAUUCCUGAGCUUCAUUCUUCAAAAAUGCCAAAGCAAUAGUUAUUAGCAGAUUAUACCCAAGAGUUGUAUUUUUAGUUGUAUCUUACCUCUAUUAUUAGGGAUGCAGGCGGCGCUGUGGUCUAAACCACAGAGCCUAAGGCUUGCCGAUCAGAAGGUCGGCGGUUCGAAUCCCCACGACGGGGUGAGCUCCCGUUGCUCGGUCCCUGCUCCUGCCAACCUAGCAGUUUGAAAGCACGUCAAAGUGCAAGUAGAUAAAUAGGUACCGCUCCGUCGGGAAGGUAAACGGCAUUUCCCUGUGCUGCUCUGGUUCGCUAGAAGCGGCUUAGUCAUGCUGGCCACAUGACCCGGAAGCUGUCUGCGGACAAACACUGGCUCCCUCGGCCUAUAGAGCGAGAUGUGCGCUGCAACACCAGAGUCGUCUGCGACUGGACCUUACGGUCAGGGGUACCUUUACCUUUACCUCUAUUAUUAAUUAUUUCUAACUAAUUAUAGAUGUAUUACAUCUUGAUUUUUAUGUCUUUGAAAUAGUCCUAAUUAGUGCCCAUCACAUUAGGGGGCCCUGCGAAAUGGCUGCUUUAGGCAGGAGUAAUUCCUAGUGGAUGAGGCAUUGCAGUUGGUUCCAUUACAUGCAAUCUCUUUGAGAAAGUGAAGCGUAUGCUAUGCCCCUCUGAAAUCUUAUCAGGUUACAGCACGCUUUCAGCUCAAAGCUGUAUUUUGAAGUGAUAUGUCAUAGAAUAACAGGGAUGAAUAACCACAGUCUCCUCUUGUUCUUGGACACUUAGGUUUCCCAAUACUAACGGAUUAGAGGAAGGCAUUCUUAAGACCUCCAGUCUGGUACCUUUGUAG